AUGGAAAUGUAUGGCAGGAUGGACCCUUUAGAGUUUGAGGUUAGCCCUGUCAAACGUUUGAAAACUCAGCAUCCUUUUCCCUAUCUCUUCGCAGAGGAGGCCUAUCAAAAGCUGGCCAGCGAGACCCUGGAGGAGCUGGACUGGUGCUUGGACCAGCUGGAGACUUUACAGACCAGGCACUCUGUCAGUGAGAUGGCCUCCAAUAAGGUAAGGACCACCUCUGUUGCUUUAGAACGUCUGGGGGUUCUGUUGUAUUGAUAUUGAUACAUGUAUCCCAUGCAGGUAAUAAUGAAUAAUUACUGUACUGAUAUGGAAACACGUAUCCCAUGCAGAAAAUAAACAAUAAUUCAUUAUAAUCCUUGCAAAAGCUGUAACCUGUGGCUGGUGAUCUAAGGGUUAACGGUGUCUUUCUGCAGGCUGUGUAGUAGUAGGCUGCAAAACUGGACUGCAAUGAAAAUUCAGCCCCAAGUGCAGUGAAAGGUUAACACAUUCUCAGCCAAUGUCACAGUUAAAAUCUGAAAAAAAUAAUCUAAUGUAGCAUGGUAUUGCACCCACAUUUUACUCCCAGAGUGGUGAAAAGUUCUUGGCACUGUUGAUUUAACCCUAUAUCGUAAAAUGCAAUAAAGUGUUAAAGUAGUGUGGAACUAUUAUUCAGAUUUUUUUUUAUUAUAGGCUUCUCGAAAUUGUAUUUUUAUUUCCCAAUGCUUGACAUGCAGAGGAUACUGGGAUUUAUAAUGUACAUUAUUCCCAGCUGUUGAUUAAAGCAGGAAGAUGCUAUUUAGUGAUUUCAAAUAUAUAAUUUUUUUUUUUUUUAAAUUCCCAUCACAACCACACAAUUUCUGAUCUGAUUAAAAUGCAUUCAUAUUUGGGUACCGGAUACUGGCAAUAAAUGCACAGCUAUGUUGACAAUCUAUUACACACAUAUGUAUUUUUCUCCCUGCUUCUUCCUUUUGGUUGAACCUCUUCCUCCUCUAAAUCCCGUAACAGGCCUGUUUUGUAUUCUGGUUGUAUUUCCCCAUCACCAGAGUGUGACGUUGGUUGCAUGCUGGGACAUGGUUGCUUGUUUUUAUAUUAAGCUUCGAUUAUUCACAAGCAAUGAAUCAUGGUUAGUGAAAUGGUUAAACGCAUUGUGCGCAUAACUGAUUUAUAAUUUCACUUGUUUUUAACAAGUAUGUGUUUUAGUAAUUUAUCAUUUUUUUAUUAUUUUUUUUAUUUAUGAACUUUUGUUUCACACUUCAUUGGCACAUGGCACUAAAGGUGCAAAUUAAGCCUUUACAUGACCAUUUAACCUUUCGUCUUCCAUCUUUUGUGAAUAAUGUAUCAUAAAAGUAUAGGUUCUAGUGUGUAUGUGUGCAUUUAUGUAAAUAUACACUCAUGCAAUGCAUAUAAUAUUUAGUUUUAUUGAUGGUAAUAUAGAUGUAAUUCACAAAUGUACAUCUUAUAGCUGUGUUCUCAUACGAACAUUCCAAAAGAGGGAGAAAUUCGUAUUUAAGCACUGUUUGUUUUAUUUAUUUAUUUAUAUUUUUUUUUUACCUUUUCUAAUAAAGAUCAAUUUUGGUUUUAAGAUCUAACUUUUUUUUUUUUUUUUUUUAAAUUCAAGAUUACAUUAAACAUUUCACUUUGCAUUUCUAGUUUGACUAAAGCUUUGAUUUCCACAGGUGCAGGCCCCUAUAAUAAUAAUAAUAAUAGGGAUUCUGCUUACAGAGCAGUUAAAAAAAACAGUAAACGGUUGGUUGAAAUUCUAACAGCGACUCUUGGUCAGAUCAGCCGUAUUGUAAUUUCUCAGGCCAAGAGGACACACUCCUGACUUGUUUAUAUAACCCACUUAACUCAAGUUUACAUUCAGCGAAAGUAAACUUGCCUUUCCAGAUGUAUGUGUAUGGAAGUCAUCAAACACUAUGUGUAUGUCGUUAAGAUGGCAUUAUAAGAUGCAUGGUGUCCUCCUUGUCUGACUGCUGUAAAAAUUGCUGCAGAAUUGUAAUAAUGCAGUAGUUAAGCCAAGAAAAUCAUAUUAACCUGCAGUGUUUUCCAUUAUGGUCAUUUUGAAUUUAAAAAAAUAAAAAAUAAGUGUUGAGCUCUUAUUUUUAUUUAUUUAUUUAUUUUUAAACAAUUUAGCCAUUUCCACCGUUUUGAGUGCCCCUCAUUGGCAAUGCUUUGCUGUUGCUGUGGCUCUAUUUUUUUUAUUUUUUAUUACAGCUGUAUGUUUGUGUGUUGUAUCGAAGGUACUGCACCUGGUUGUCUGCUGCUUAUUCUACAGUUAAGCAGAUUAGUAAUUCUCCCAUCAUGGCAUUUAAAAGGAGAGUCUUGCAUAUGCUUUUGGCAAUGGCAGCAGCUGAUUCAGUAAAGGUUUUCUACGUAUAUGGAUUUUAAUACCAUUGUUUAUCGGGAACCUCCUUGCAAAAGGGUUGUUGUGGGGGAAAUAUGUGUGCAAGCAGUCUGUGUAACCGACAUGUACGUUAGAGAUGCUUCUAGUUUUUACUCCCUCCCCCCCCAUCUUGGGCUUGUGUUUCAUCAUAUUAAAGCACGUUACUAAAAGUUAGACAUCAUCUCUUAGUGUUAGGUUAUGGUUCUAGCUUCUAAAUGGCUAAUUGCUUUAAAUACCAAUUUUUUUUUUUUCUUAAAUAAAUGAUAAAAAAUUGCCAACCAGUAAUGCCGUCAAGAAAAACACUUUCGCCUGUUUGGUUCUGCUCUGCUCAUUUGCAAAUAUUUACUUUGGUUUUAUAUAUGUUUCGGUUCUGUAGUGUAAACUGCAUUUUUCUAUAUUGUUUUCAAACCAAAAUGUUUUCCAUCAAAAUCAUGUUCUUGAAUUUUACGAUGUUUGGUUUCCAAAAGAAUUAUGUCUCCUAUGAUGCUCAGCCAUUGUAAAGACAAAGCCUGGCUGGAUCACGGGACAUUCACUGCCAUGUGAAUUUCAGAACCAUUUGGGAUACAAAGGUUAGCCAACUUUGCCCCAGAAUUUCAGUGCAUUGCUUGACAGUCUUGUUACUGCUAGAGUGAAGGUCACACAUUGGAACUCCACACCCACGGUUACAUCAGAAUAUUGAUAUCACAGUGACAUAUUGUGCUUCUGUCAGGUUGUGAUGGUGUCCCCAGGCCUGUUUUCAUUUUGCGAUGUUGCACACACGUGUGACUUGUGGAAUAGUGCAUCAUGUUUGCAUAGUUUUACUGUUGCUAAAUGCUGCUUCAUAAAUUUCGGGUACUGAUUGGUUUGCUGUGAUCUCUCAAGGUUUGUGUUUGAGGGAAUUUAAGAUCAUCUUUAAUCCCAUGACAUACUGUGUGCGCUCAGUGUUAAUGCCAUAGUGGCUUGCUUUCCUGCUUCUGUUAAUAGCUGAUGCAUUCAAACAACUGCUCAGGUUCACAAACUUUCCAUAAAGAGGGAAAAAUACAAUGAUUAUUUAGUGUCUGUGUUCUCUUCAGAUUAGGCUGAAUUUCACCUCUGACCUAAACACUGUAUGUGUCUGUAUUAUGGCUAAUUAGUGGUCAGAUUGUGGGAUGUCGUUAAGGCCUCUUAAAUACCUUACUUUCCUCCUAGGUUACAACAAGAUUUUCGUCUUUUUGUAUGUUUUGCACUUUUUAUUUUCCUUCAGCCUUUCUUAUAUAAUUUUUUUUAAACCUUUUUGUUAAAUUUUUAUUUUCGUAUCUCUGGUAGUUCUUCAUUCCAGGACCAGUGUCACAUAGAACCUGAUGUAUCCCUAGUUCUAUAUUCCAUAUUCACGUCCCUUACACUGCUGCCACAAACAUGCAAGAUUAUUUGCUAAAGUGAGAAUUGUUAGGAAUUUAUUUUAAAUUCAAAGUGAAUUUAAAAUGUGACGGUCAAAUUAGCCAAACUGGAAGCAUAGCUGAAUGGAAGACCUUUUGCAGUUCGGCUUCUUUGGGCUUAAUUUAUAUUUCGUUUUGAAUCCCCAACAAUUCUCUCUUUAUUAAUUAAGCCCACUUUGUGUAAAAACCUUUUUUUCAGCCUCAUGCAGAGUUAUUAUAUAUUUUUUUUUGUAACAGCAAUGCCACUUGUAUAGGUUUAAUAGUGCAUAGCUUGAGUUGGAUAUUCAAAGAAUGAAAGGGGAUGUUAAACACAAGGUAACCAAGGUUUCAUUCACUCAUGCAGAACAUCACCUUCUAGAUAUUUAAAUAUUUGUACUGGACCCCAAAAGUUAUGCCACGCAGGCUGCUACUAGUUCAGUGAGUGAGCCUUGGUCGAACUAUAACAUUAGUGGAAGUAGGGCUUCCAAAACAUUAAGAGAAGAACUUGCUAGGCAUACACAUCUUGCAUAUGUUGGUUACCAGAGCACCCACAGGUCUUUUAGUUAAUAUUAUUAAAUACUGAUUGGUGUAAAAAAUGUACACAGAUUUUUUUUUAUUUUUUUUUUUAGCUUCCACAGUUGAAAUAGGAUUUAAGUCAAUCAGGUAAUAUGACCGCUAAGGAAUCCUAUGUUUCCUCUUUUAGCACAUUCACUAAGAUGGGCAUACACUUUUUUUUUUCCCGAAAAACUUGGCCUAUAUAAAGUCUCAAUUACUUUUUCUUCUUUGGUCAAAUAUUGAAGUUCAAAACUUAUCUAGCAAAACUAAUGGAACACUCCAACAAAUAAUUGUAUUUAUAAUGCUGGAGUGUUUGAACUAUUAUCUAUAUUCAGGGACUUCCCCAUUUAUAUACAUAUUUCUGAGAUUUUAAAAAAAUUUUUUUUUUUUUUUUUAUGCCUUCAGGGGAUUAUGACUGGUAAUCUUCUGGCAAUGGAAUGCAGGGUGCAUCUUUCACAUCUGAGAGGUAUUCUCACAGUUUAUUUAUUUUUUAAACUAAAAUAAGGGCGCUGUGAUACUCUGUUAACCACUAAAGCACUGCAGCAAGCCGAACAUUCUUUAGUUCUGUACAUAUAUUUGUAAGGAAACUGGAAAUGGCAUGUUCCUUAUCCCUCAUCCUAUGCUGUAAGCGAGAUUGAAUUAGAAACUUCUAUUCAUUCUAAUUGUGGCGGAGCUCCAAAACCCGACAAGUGUAUCUCCGCCAAAGCCUCUCUCCUUUUCCCGCAUAGUAUUCAGUGAUGUACAGAAGCCCACCCAAACAUCAGUCGAGACUUGAUAAAGGGUGAAAACAGGAAUACUUUAUUAGGUUUUAAUGCACAUAUUUAUAGACAGACCACCAAGGGGUCUUUAACUAGAACAAUGGAGAUCCCACCCAGGUUUUCUGUGUCUAGGAGACAACCAGAUCAAGUACCGCUAAUCUAAUUUGCUUCCAGACAACAGGUCACCUCAACAGAAUAACCCCCCAAAAACAUACAUUUAUAUAUUUGUAAACUCCACACACAUGGUAUCCCCAGAUAGCGUGACUCUGACUUUCUACUUUUGUAGUUAUAGCAUAUUGCCAACCUCUGUAUCGUACCAUAAUCUGCCUAAUCUUACGACUGUGCUUAUACCCACAUGUUAGAUUGCUACACAGCCCAUCGGGUUCCUUUCAAAUACAAUAUGCAGGGUGUUUAUUUUUAUAUAUCAAUGCCACACCUACUCUGUUUAAUAAUACAUGGUAUUUGUGCUUGAAUGCUGAUAUUUCAGAACCAGUAUGAAAAAAGGAUUACUACAAAACUUGUUAAAAAAAAAAAAUAAUAAAAUAAAAUAACAAUCCCUAAGGAUUAAAACACAUUAAAAUUUUAAUUUGUGUAUCUCUGAAAACAAGUGUAUACACAGUUAUCAUUUUCUGUUUUACCCUUAUGCUUAUGUGCCAGCUUUGCAUCCCAUCUUUCAAAUAAAUGCUGUUACUAUUUUUCACAGCCUCUAGAUGUCAUUUUGGUAUGUGUGAAACUGUUUUGGUAACGUCAAUCCACCACAUUGUCAGUGAGUACUUUUUGGCCAGGUCCCAACAAUGUAACAAGUUGUUUGUUCUCUGUUCUGUCCACACUACAUUUUCAUAAAUGUGUGCUUAUUGAUUAAACAAUGGUUAAACUACGCUUUUUAACGCAACUUCUGCCACCAAAGGAUCUCUUUCUCUUCAUCCAUACAUUGCAUGUAGGGCUAUGCUGAUUUCAUAAGCAUUCUAAAAAUCUGAAGCCACUAUGCCACGACUCAGCAGUAGUGGGCAAAGUUUGUGAAGCAACAUACGUUAGUACCGCAAAUAAGGUACUAAUGUGACCUACACAGUCAGUCUUCCUACACAUUUACUGUAAAGAGAGAUCUAAUGUUUAAACUUCCUUAUCUCCUGCUCUGUUAAAAAAACCAAAAAAACAUAUUGUUAGGAAUUCUAAACUGUAUUCCUAACAUUAUACUGCACUCUGCUUCCCCCUUAGCAGCAAAUACAAAGCUAAAUAAAAUGUUUUUCCCACUUACCUGAUUCCAGCACCAUUGCCCCUCUGCGCUGGGUCUGGAUCCUCCCCCGAUGAAGUCAUUGUGAUUUGGGAAACUAAUGCAUAUGCACAGCGCUUGCCAUGCCCACUAUAGCUGGAACAGCUAUAUGAGGUUCUAGAUAUCAUCUUUACUUCUGAUCAUACAUCAGUUUUAUUUUAUUUUCAUUUAUUUUUUAACUACACCACUUUUUGUCAUUUUCUCCAAGGUGCAGUCUGUAACAAGUACUUAAUAAUAUCAUUGCAUUUUGAGUUUUUUUGUAAAUAGAAUAAAAGGCCAACAUAGAAAUGAGAACACAAGACAUGACUACAAAACCAAAUUCAAGCUAAACGGUAAAAUACAAUUUUGUGUUUAACUGUGUACCUUUUCAUUUUUAUUUAUUAUACAAAUCACUUUUAUUGUAGGUUAGCAGGUUUGAAUCUCUGUUUCAUAUUUCUUUUUCUGCUUGGUCCCCAAUAAGCCAUGGCGGUAUUGACCUUUGUUCUGCAGUUGGAUUGCCAGAUACCAUCCGUGAGUGCGCAUUGCAAGUGUGUUACCUAGCAACAUAACCAUUGCAAAGUCACAACACAUUCCAUGGAAGACCUUUGCUGCCAUGUGCACCACUGUACAGUUUGUAAAGAGCUGUCACCUCUGAGAUUUUUGUUUUCACAACACAGUAGCUAACUAUGGGUCAUGCUCCUUUUUAUUUUUUCUUGUUCUCUUUUUUUCUUUUUUAUUUAAUUUUUUCAAAUGUAUUCUUUAGAUUAACAUUAAAUGAGAAUCUGCCAAGGCAUAGCUUGGCAAAAAAUGUAAAUAUGUGGAAUCCAUCAAUAUUGUGCACAUGGAGCUGUGACUGUGUAUUUCCAUAAAUGAUGAUGUGAAGAUUCUUAAAUGCCUAACCCCAGUUAACACAACUGAUGAGUGAAAAUGGAACAGUCACCAACAUACAUGUUGUGCUAUAUUGCCUAUUCUAUUUUAAACCCUAAAUGUCAAGAAAGAGCAUGAAAGUGGAUCUGUCAACAGAGAAACCUGUUACUCAACAGAGCAUGCCAUGUUAAAUGAUUUUUAAAUAUUUCAUUUUAACCCCAUCCCUACUGAGUUUGUGUUUGCAAAAUUAACUAAAACAGAACAUUUACUUUGCAUAGCCAACACACUUGUGUACACUAAAACAGUAAUUUCUUACAUACAGUUCUGGUCAAAGAUGCCCAGAAAAUUGACAUUUUGUGAAUUUACCGAGUUUUAAUAUGGCCACUCCCCCAUGCUUUUACAGACAUCAUUAUGGGAGUAUAAUAUGUGAUGUUCCUUGUAUAUAAUAUGGUUAGAUUUUCGUUUUGUGGGUAUUUUGAUUUCCAGAAAGCCAGCCGAUUUGACAAUUUCCCUAGUUGGCUCCAGAAUAUAGACAUUUUAACUCUAUGUAGGAAAAUAUUCAUGUGAUUUACCUAAGGUAUUGCAGGCUGGUUUUGCUUCUGCUAAUAUUCCCUGUGUAACCCCCAGCCCCCCCCCCCACCCAGCACUGUCCAUUGUAGCCUCUCUGACUCCAGUACCAUUUGGAUGGUGCAGGUUCGUUUCUCACUCUAUUAUGCAAGCCCUAGACACUAUUUUCUUGCAGCAGCAAAAAUUUUAAUACUGAUUUUCUUUUUUUUUUUCAUAAAAAAAUAUUGCAGCAAGGCCGACCCAAGACAUUGUGCUGCCUGGGUCCAAUACUUAAAUGUUGCCCUUUUUUGCUGACGCCAUCAACGGUCAUUAUAUAUGUACACCUACAUUUAAUUAGCUUUCCCUUACCUUGGUUUACUCCGACCCCUCUGUUCCUCUUAACCUCAUGUUCUCUCCUCCUCUUUCACUUUUACUGCCCUUUUCCACAGCACUUUCCACAUCACUAGGUAUUGCACCCAAUGCACCAGACAGCAUCCUUCCUUCCAUGUCUCUCCUCGCCCCCCUUCUCCCUACUUCCAUGUCUCUCUUCCAAGCACCAAUCAGCUGCUGCCCUCACAGAACCAGCUCUGAUCACACACAGAUUUGUGUCACCCUCCUUGCUCUUAUACAUGUCAGGGCAGGUGAGGGGGGCUUUCAGAUGGCCGGCGUGCUGCCUGUAGUUUCAGGUGCCUCCCUGUGCAGUUCCCUUACGGAGCCGGAAGCCACCUGUAAAAAAAAAAAAAAAAAAUAAAAAAAAAAAAAAAAAUUGGUCCAGACACCUUGAGUGCAGCAAAUUGCUACCCCCUUAGAGUGCCACCUUGGGCCAAGGCCCCGACAGGACCCAUUGUAGGGCCUGCUGCUCUGUGUACAGUCUUUUACCAAUUCUCCUCUUCUAUCACUUCCUUGCAAGCCGUGUUUUAAUUUUCCACCUUAAUUAAACAGUCAAUACUAACCAUACCCCAAUACAGAUGGGAGCACCUCCUCUGCAGCUCUAUUGGCCACAGUAUGUUUUAUGCACACUGUUUUCAGAUGAGAACAUGAUUAGUUACACACCUCCGAAUAUACAAAGCAGUGAUGGGCCAGCGCCUAGGGGUGUCUAACAGGGUGUACUCUAUAUUUCCACAGUGUGUUUGUGUUCAUUUAUCCUCUGAUAAAGGUGCAGCACUACAGUGCCGUAAUACACGUCGGGCUCUCUAUACUUUGUUAAAACACUUUGCAAGAGUUGCACUUAUGCCUUAUCUAUAUUUUUAGCCAUAUUUAUUUAUUUUUUUAUUCCAGACCUUUGUUAUACUCUGCAGAAAUUCCCUGGCGCCUGGGAUUUGUCGAGCCCUGUGUUAUGACACUAAUUAAUGAAACCUGCAUGAUGAAUCUUGGGUCCAUAACAACACUGCCUACACCUGUAGUGCUAAUGGUGCGCUGAGUGCUCCUUUUAAUCAUAAAUACUUAGAACUAUGGGCAUCUGUGUAUUUCAAAUGUCUCAAUUUUUUUUUUUUUUUUAAUUCUUUAUUUUUGAUUCGACACAGAAUGCAGCAUAGCAAAAUACAGUGGCUCACGCAGGGGCCGAUCACAAAACAGUGUUACUUAGCUUUCAACAGUGGUUAAGUGUUUAAUCAGUUAGGAGACAUUGGUUUUUGCCGCUCUGUGUCGGUUUUUGGGGGGCAGUGUUUGCCCGUAUAGAAAAUACAAAAUAUACAAAAAGUACAAACAACACAAAAAAAAACAAAGAAAAAAGAAAACGAGGAGCACAACGGUGCCACAUAAGAAGGCUGGAUACAAUAAUCUCUGGGUAUUUACUAAGGGUUUCGCAACGCUUUCAAACCGACUCACAUUGAGUAUAUUAAGUCUUUUUUCCGCUGUUCUGCGUGCGGCGGUACUGAUUGUUGUGUUGUCGGUUAGGUGCUCUGAGCUAUGUCAUGUGACCGUCUGCGUCGUGUCAUGGUGGUUGUGCUGUCGGUUUGGAGUUGCGUCCGUUGGUUAUACUCAAUAUCGGUCCGUCCUAUGAGCCAUCCCAAGUCGGGGUCUAUUGUGGGCGCGGAUGGCGGUGCCUUGUCAUCGUUUCUUGUGGCUGUGGGUGGCUGCAUGGAGGGCCCCUAGUGACGGGUCGUGCUUUGUCAGUGGUCAUUGUGCUGUGCUUUGUAACCGUAAUACUAGUUUGUAGGUGCGGUGUAACUGGUUGGUUUGGGAUUUGUGUGGGCUCUGCCUGGUGCCUCUUCCCCUUAUUCCCCUGUCUAAAGGUGGGACGGGGGGGAGGGAAGGGGAGCGCUGUUCGCUGGGGCGUGCGGCGGAUCUAGGCCUUUCCGAGGCCUCUGUCCUUAUCCUGCUUCUGUAGGAUUUAGUCGUCGAGAAAGUCUUCCCAAGGUUGCCAUAUUUUAUGAAAUGUUUUCUCCGUGUUCCUAAUUUGGGCUGUGAGUUUGUCCAUCAAGUGUGUGUCUUUAACUUUAGCUAUCACGUCGUCGUCUGUAGGUAAUGUGGGUUUAAGCCACGCCUGGGCUAGAGCCCUUCUGGCCGCUAGAGUGAUUUUAUUGUAGAGCUGUUGUUCUUUUCUAGGGAGGCCGUCUAUGGGUUUGGACAGUAGAACCGUCCAUGGGUCUAGAUCUAUACUGUGCUUUAGCACGUCAGUUAGUAGUGUCUGUAUGCGCUUCCAGUAUUUGUUUAGUUCUGGGCAUUCCCACCACAUGUGCACAAAGGUGCCUUUACCACCACAGCCCUUCCAACAAGUGUCAGUCGUGGUUUUCCCCAUUCUGUGUAGCUGCACUGGUGUUGUGUACCAUCUCAUGAGCAUUUUAUAUGACUGUUCUUGGUGCAAUACACAGACUGAGGUUUUAGCUGUCGCCUCCCAGAUGUCCUCUCCUUCCAGUGUCGCCCCCAGGUCCGCCUCCCAUUGGUCAAUAUAACGUGGGGCUCUAGUGUCUUUACUUGGGGCGCUGAGUUGUGCGUAUAUAGUGGUUAUUAAGCCUUUUUGUACGGUUUCGGCAUUGCAUAGUUGUUCAUAAAACGUCAUUGGGGUGUGGGCAGCUUUUCUGACUUCUGGGGAUUUGGCAAAGUCUCGUAGUUGGAUAUGGCGAAAUACAUCUUUUGUGGUCAGGGGCGCUAAGGUUUUCAGGCUAUCGAACGUUCUGAAGGAGUCUCCUUCGUACAUAUGGCCAUAUCUCUGCAUCCCCGUACUCUUUAUGCCCCUAAAGUCGCGUGCGCUCAGCCCGGGUUCAAACGCUUUAUUCCUCAGAUACGGGGUUAGUGGUGAAGGUGUGUGUUUAAGUGCAUAUUUGGUAGCUGUAUUGUCCCAUAUUCGAAUGGAAUUUAGGAUUGCCGGGCAGGUGGUCCGCAGGGCCGGUCUGUCUUGUCUGGGUACCAAUAUCCAGAAUUGUGGGAGAUCGGUACUCAUCAAUUUCGUUUCCAGGUCGACCCAUCGAUGUGAGCCCUCUGGUGCGUGCCAAGCCACUAUUUGGGCUAAUUGAGCCGCCAAGUAGUAUUGAUACAGGUUUGGGAGUCCUAGUCCUCCCUUUGAUUUCGGUCGGUAUAACACUUGCCUAGCUACUCUAUGUCGUUUCUGUGCCCAUAUAAAGUUAUCUAUGUGUCUUUGCAGCGUCGUUAGGUCCCGUUUAGUGACUUUGAUCGGCAGGGCUUGGAAUAGGAACAGCAGGCGAGGUAGCAGUGUCAUUUUUAUCGCGUGUAGUCUCCCUAUCCAUGAGAUUGGCUUGUCUUGCCAUUUCUCUAAGUCCUGUCGUAGUUUUUGUAAUGUGGGUGUGUAAUUUGCUUCAUACAGUCUCUCCGGGUCUGCCGUUAGUUUAAUCCCUAAGUAUUUGAUGUCAGUUCUUAUAAAGUUGAGGGAGUGGUUAGCUUUUAUGGCAUUGAUCUCUGCUGUCUCCAUUUCUAGUGGCAUGGCCAUUGACUUAUCUAGAUUAAUUUUAUAGCCCGAUACCCGUCCGUAGUCUUCGAGGAGGUCGAGGAGGCGUGGCAGGGAACCCCUAGGGUUGGCAAGUGUGACCAUGAUGUCGUCCGCAUAUGCAGAGACUUUGUAUUCCUCCCCUCCUGCCCUAAUGCCCUUAAUGUUCCUAUCCUCCCUUAUCCUCAGUAGAAGAGGCUCCAGUGCUAGGACAAACAGCAGGGGGGAGAGGGGGCAGCCCUGUCUGGUGCCGUUGGCAGUCUUGAACGGAGUCGGUGCUGUCCCCGGUACCGCUGUUUGGGCUUGUGGUUCUGUGUAAAGUGCUUUUAUUCCCUGUAUGAAUGUUUCUGGCAUACGUAGGUGCCCUAACAGUGAGAAGAGGUAGUGCCACUGGACCCUGUCGAACGCCUUCUCCGCAUCCAGGGAUAGGAUCAGAGAAGGCGUCCGGGUCCUCACCGCCCACCAUAUGACAUUCGCCCCCCUCCUGGUGUUUUCGUAUAGUUGUCGCGAUGGUACAAAGCCGACUUGGUCUGGGUGGACCAGUGUGCCUAGGAGGGGAUUGAGGCGUGUCGCUAGGAUUUUUGCAAACACCUUAACAUCAAAAUUAAUCAGUGAGAUAGGCCUAUAGUUCCCGGCCUCAGUAGGAUCUUUACCUGGUUUAGGGAUGAGGGUGAUAUCUGCUGUGAGAGUUUCUGGGUUAGGGUGUCCCCCGUCCAUCCAUUCCCCGUAUACCUUCACCAACCUUGGGGUCAACGUGUCUCUAAGGAGUUUAUAGUAGGAACCAUCGUAGCCGUCUGGGCCCGGAGCCUUGUUCCCUUUGAGUGCUGUGAUUGCCCUAUCUACCUCGUCCCCCUCUAUCGGUGCGCCCAGGGCAAGUAUGGCUUCCUGCGUCAGGCUCUUCAUGUGGGUAUUAGAUACGUAGUCUGCGACCGUUCGUUUGUGGGACUCAUUGUUGCUGUUCAGUUCUGGGGAGUGGUUAUAUAUGUUUACUAGGAGCUCCGAGAAGAUUUGAUUAAAUUCCUUGGGGUUAUGUGUCAUCUGUCCCGAUUUGUCCCUAAUCGCCGUUAUGGCCUUGAAUUGUUGUUUGGGGUUUAGGGCCCUGGCUAAGAGGGUGUCCAUCUUAUUAGUGCGUUCGUAAAAAAGGCGUUUUUUACGGACAAGAUCCUUUCCCAGGUCUUCGAUCGCCAAGGUUCGGAUCGUAUGUCGGAGUGCCCGAAGGUCUUGCAAACCCCGUGUCGAGGGAGUUUGCUUAUGCUUGGCUUCUGCCCUCCUAAGCGCCUUUUGGAGCUCGAAGAGGGUUUCCGCCUUCUGUUUUUUCCGCCGAGUCGCUAAUUUGAUAAGGGUGCCUCGGAUGACCGCCUUGUGGGCGGCCCAGAUCGUAGUUUGGGUCACCUCCGGCCUGUCGUUCUCAUUAAAGUAGGUUGUUAUUUCGUCCCGGAUUAGUUUUGUCACCUCAGGGUCUUUGAUAAGUGUGCUGUUCAAUCUCCAUUUCCAUGGUGGCCUGGGCCCCGGGAGUCGUAAAAUAAGCUCGAUGUCGGCGUGAUCCGACCACGUGAUGAGGUUAAUUCGUGCAGAUUGGAUCCAUGGGAUCCCUCUCUGGUUGACCAGGAAUAUGUCUAUGCGGGAGUAUGUGGAAUGUGCCGCCGAGAAGAAUGUAUAGUCUCUCUGUCCUGGGUGCCGCAACCUCCAGGGGUCGAGCAAUUUCGUUUUGUGUAUGAACUGGGAUAGUAGUUUGUCCUGUCCCCCGGCCCUAGGUGUUCUCUGGCCCCCUGUCGGUGAGCUACGGUCGACUGGCGGGCUGGGAGUUGCGUUCAUGUCGCCCCCCAGGACUAUUAUUCCGUAUGGCAGCGCGUGUAUCCGGUUGUGUAGGUCGUCCCAGAAGUCUGGGUCUGGGUGGUUGGGUGCGUAGAUGUUAAUUAGAUGGUAUGUGGUGGUGUAUACCGUCCCGGUGAGGAUGAUGUACCGACCCAUCGUGUCAACUUGUGUCGUUUGGGUGACAAAGGGGCAUUUUUUGUGCAGGAGUAUUUCUACUCCGUUUUUCUUCACCAAUACUCUGGAGGAGUAUGCCCUGGUGUAGAGGUGGUCAGUUAGCUGAAUCCGGGCUGAGCGCAGUAUAUGUGAUUCUUGUAUGAAGGCUAUGUUUUUUUUUUGCCGUUUUAGUUCUCUCAUUAAUAGACGCCGUUUGGUUGGAGUGUUAAGGCCGUUAACGUUUAGGGAGGUUAGUUUAAGCGUGGCCAUAGUCUGCCCAGGUCCCGCCCGAAGUGCGGUUGGUGGGGUCAGGUUUAUCCGCCGCACGCCCCCGCGAGGAGCGAUGCGUGAGGGUCAGCAAGCGAGGGAGAGUUAUCUCUCCUAGUCUCUAAGAGGAUGGGGGAGGGUAGGGGAGGGGAUCCUCCCCGGGGAGGUUUUGAGGGUUAAGGAAGAAGGGGAGGGGGUUGUGACUAUCCCCGGGGGAACGCGAGCUCUCGGUUCCCUCAAGGAUCCGUGGGUUCUGGGAGGCCCGUGUAGUGGGGGGGGGGGUGCAGGGUGUGGUGGGGGUUAUCCCCGGUCUUAGUCGCGCCGGGUGUAUCGGGGGGUGGCUAUCCGCCCCGCGGGUACUUUGUGUAGCACGGAGGGGACAAUCAGCCGUUGAGCACCCUGUCGCCGACCCAAGUGAGAGUUUCCAUGUACAUAUACGUCAGUUCCCUAUUAGGUUGUGGGGUCUGUGUGUCCUCUCAUGUCAAGUCACGUGUGUACAGAGAUAACAGCAUUAUAUUAUACGUUCAAUCAUUACAUUACUUUGAACAAUCGCAGAUGUGCAACAUUAAAGAGAUAGAACAUAGAGGUUGUAUCUCUCCCUCCCGUCCAUUAUCAUUUUCUAGUUAUGUUGGAGAUUAGGACAUGAGCAAGAGAGAAGAGCAGGGGGGAAGCAUAGUGCCAAAGAAAUAGAGAGGGAAAGAGAAAAAAGAAAAAGGGGGGGGGGAGGAGAAGGGAUGUACACUUGCGUGGCAGGUGGUGUCAGUGAUGUUCCCGAUCAUCCGGUUCGUUGCCUAUUGGGUUGGGGCAACACUGUGGUUCCAAGUCCCUUUCCCUGGUUGUCACCGGUGCUGUCCUGGUUAUAGACGUGCCUUGGUAAGGUUAGAGUCCGUAAUGCUGCGUUGAGUACUCUUUAGUCCAGUAUUACACCGCAUCCCGGUGUGUUAAGUCCUCUUACUACUUGGUCCGUCGUCUCCGGUUCAGUAUUCCGAUCGAAGUGUGCGUGUUAAGGUUUUUUUUUUUUAUUUAUUUAUUUAUUUUUGUAUUGUUGUGUUCCCAUUUUCUCCCCCCUCCAUCCCUCCCACCCUCGUAAUUAUAGGUGUGCGUUUAUAUUUUUUUUUUCCUCCCCUUCCCACCUCUUCUCGCCCCCCCCAUCCCCCUCACGCCCCUACAGCUCCUCUCAGUCCAGGGCUCUGCGACUGUUCAAGUUCCCAGUUGGCAUCUAUGUUAAUUCUUUUCCUUCGUUCAUUCUUUUUGUUGAUUGUCGUUUUCCAUUUGAGGUGUAUUCUCUGUAUCAGCGUUGUUCUAUGUCGUUGUGUUUUGUUGUAUUAUCGUCCGUGACUUGGGUUUAUGUCUUAGUUUUAGGGGCAGUUUGGGGGAAGGAUUAGGGCGGUCUAGGUCUGUCUAGGUCUGUGUUUAGGAAUGCCUUUUGGGGAGGAGGCCUCUGAGGGCCCCUCAAUUUACACCGCCGUCCUGUGCCGCUUCUUCUCUGGGUAGUUGUCCCAAUGCUUGUGUACCUCUGUGGGGGAGUCGGAAAUCCUCUGGGAUUUCUAUUCCCAAAUUGCGGAGGAAGGCUUUAGGGUCCGCUGAGGGUAGAAGUACGUCCGGUCUCGGUCCGUUGAAUACUAGCAUUUUGAAGGGGUGGCCCCAUGCGAAGUUGAGGCCUUUGGCCCUGACUAGGUCGGCUAUGGGUUUCCAUUCCCUUCUCCUGGCUAGUGUGGCGGGUGCUAUAUCCUGGUAUAGGUGUAUUGUGGAGCCAUCCAGUGAGUAAGUGUGGCGGCGGGCGCUUUUUAUAAUGGCUUCCUUGGUAGAGAAGAAAUGCCACCGCAUUAUUACAUCUCUGGGGGGGCUGUCAGGAGGGCCUCUUGCUCUUAGUGCCCUGUGUGCCCUGUCUAUGGUCCACAGGUGUUCUGGUAUGGUUGGUAGUUGCUCUUUAAAUAGCCCCAGGAGCACCUUCUGUAUGUCAGCAUCUUUUAUUCUUUCCGGUAGGCCUUUAACCCUUAAGUUAUUUCUGCGGGACCUAUUUGAGGCAUCCUCAAUUUCUGCUUCUAGUUCAGCCACCCUUGUGAUGAGGUGGUUAGUGGUGGAGGCUGCUUCAUUGUGUGCCGCUACCACCUGGUCCAUCCUCCAUUCUAAGGCCUCUGUGCGUUGCCCCACUGACUGAAUCUCCUCCUUGACCUCCCUUGCAGAUCUCUCUAUUUCCCCUGCCAGGUAGUGUCUUACCUCUGCCAGGGAUUGAAGAAUCUCUGCGUUGGACGUCUGUGGGGGUUGGUGCCUGUGCUCUCCGGUGCUCGGGGAGUCUGGGGAGCCCGCGCUUAUCUGGCCGCCGCCAUCUUUGCUUACAUGCGGUCUAGGCGUUGCGAGGAGGUCGGCCACUGACAGGGUACCUUCCUUCGGUUUUUUGCCGCUUUUUUUGUGCGUCGCCAUCUCCCGGUAUGUCCCUCUUGUGGUGAGAGGAGUUUGGGAACGUCGGCAGGGAUGUAAGUGCUUCUUGCGUGGCGUUUUGGGUCGUGCAGGGCGCAGAGCUCUGAGCUUAAGCAGCCAUUACUCUCGGUGGUCAGGCCACGCCCCCCCAAAUGUCUCAAUUUUACAUGCUCAUCUUACAUGGCUUUGCCCCAGAAUGGCUCUUUGCAUAACUCCUAAUACAUAGAAAUCCCAGGUGUCAGGAAGCCAGACAUAUUACUACAGGCUCCUAAUUUUGGGUGUUUUUAGAUAAAAUGUCUCUUGCUUUGUUUCUCUAAAAUUCUACUACAUUUUUUGUGCUGGUCUCUUUUCUCCUAUAAACAUUUCUCCGCUACUUUUAAAGUGGAUCUUGCUAUUUCGGGAAUCUUUGCAUAUUUUGCAAAACACCUGAAGGGGACAUCACCAUUUAGGUUGCAGUGGAAAUUAGUUCUACAUACCUGAAGCUGUUCAUCACUGGUGGGUCAUCUUCUUCUUGUAGAUCUUCAUUCGGCUCCUGACAUUUCACCUGCCAGGAGCCGUGUCUCUGGUGCAUGUGUGUGAGUACAAUACUGAGGUGUAUGGAGAAUUCUAUGAGACUGAGAGCUUCCAUAGAUGGCAUUCUUCUUGCAAUGAGCGAGGCGGCUGCUGUAGUUUUAAUAAAAAUAAUGUUGAAACUCCACCUUUUGUCAAAGUCCCUAAUUCGGCUUAUGGUAUUUUUGGAUUUUGAUAGAAUUUCUAUUAAAUUCCUAUACAGUCUGUCUGAGUAUUUAUUAAAUAUGCCUUUUGUGAAAUACUAAAAAGUAAAAAUGUGUUAAAAUGAUGUACUAUAUUUUGUGUGUGUGUGUGUGUGUGUGUGUGUGUGUGUGAAUUAUAGCUAUAACCUUCUUCUUCUUUUUUUUUUUUUAUUUUUUUAUUACCAAUUAUCUUUAAAAAGUGAAAUAUAGUUUAGAGUGCAAUUGCAGGGAGCCGGGGUAUAAAACUGGGCCUGUAACAUUUGCUUUCUAUAUGUCCUAAAGUGACUGCCAGUAAUUCUGUGAUAAACGCUUACAUAAUCUUCAACAAUGUAGUUAAUCAUGUCUAGAUGACAUCACUGCUUAAUUGGUUUUGUAUCCUAGUGUGAACCUUCCAGGAACUGUUACGGUGAUUGUCAACAGAAUGGUGCAAGAUGGGAGCCAAAAGCCUUAUAGGGUUUGUAAGCGGGCAGAGAUAUUAUUGCUUAUUGCCUUGGAACCUCAUGAAAAAUCUAAUGUAUUAUGUGAAAUUCCCAUCAUGCUUUGUUGAAUUGCUGGCUUUAGGGAUAAUAAAUAAGACUUGGUUAAAACAUACUUAUCUAUUAACCCACAAUGUCCUAUAGAAAAAUAAUUUGGUAAUUUGAAGGCAAAGGCAACACCUUGAACUAUUUAUCAUCUUUCUUAAACCAUUCCUGAACCAUUUGUCCAGUGUGACAGGGUGAAUUAUCCUGCUGAAAGAGGCCCCCUGCCAUCUGGCAACACCAUUGCCAUGAAGGGGUCUACAUGGUCUGCAACAAUCUCUAGGUUAGUGGUAUGUGUCAAAGUAACAUCAACAUGAAUGCCAGUACUCAAGGUUUCCCAGCAGAACAUGGCCCAGUGCAUCCUGCUGCCAUCUCUUCCUCCAGUAAACGAGGCACCCCUGCAUCCACCUAAUCUAACAGAAAACUUGAUUCACAGGCAACCUUCUUCCAUUGCACCAUGGUCCAGUUCUGACUCUCAUGUCUAAAUUGAAGGUGCUUUUGGCAGUGGAAAGUUGGCAUCACAGGCACUCUGACUGGCAGCUACACAGCCCCAGACCAUCAGGUGCACUGUGUGUACUGAAGCCUUUCUAUCAAGGCCAGCAUCAUGUGUUUUUUUUUUUUUUUUUUAAUCAAUUUGAGCUACUGUAGCUCUUCUGUGUGAUCGGACCUGACCGGCUAGCCUUCUAUCCUCCCACACAUCAAUGAGUCUUUGGUGCCCAUGACCCUGAUUCUGGUUUACCAGUUGUCCUUUUUUGCACCACUUUUGGUAGGUACUAACCACUGCAUACAAGGAACACCCCACAAGACUUUCCAUUUUUUUUUUUUUAGAUGCUCUGACCCAGUUGUCCAGUCAUCACUAUUUGGCCCUUGUCAAAGUCACUCAGAUCUUUUUGUUUGCCCAUUUUUCCUGUUUCCAACAAUUGAAAAUAACUUCACCUGUCAGUGGUUUUAGCUGUGUGUGUGUGUGUGUGUGUGUGUGUGUGUAUGUAUGUAUUUAUGUAUGUGUAUAUGUAUAUGUAUGUAUAUAUAUAUAUAUGUGUGUGUGUGUGUGUGUGUAUAAUGUAUGUAUGUAAAAAAAAAAAACGUUAAAAAUUCGAAUCUUGUAAUACCUUUUUUUUAUUGGACUAACAGAAUUUUUUAAUGACCAGCUUUCGGGAGAACCUCCCUUUCUCAAAUCUGAAGCAUUUCUGAGCAAGACGACGCUGGACUAAUACGGCUACAAUCUCUACUUGAACACCAUAUAUAUAUUCAGUGAAGUGUGAAUCCAUGUGAAUUUUGAAGAAAAGCUCACAUGUUGGUCUAAAAUAGCUGCACUUUUAAAUUAUUUUCAUUCAGAAAAGUUAAAAAAUUGAAGAGUAUUCAAAAAAACAGAAAUUAUCUUGAGUAAACUGAAAGCCUGUUGGCAUAGAGCACAGAUGCUCAGUAUCCCAGUGAGUCAUGAGACUUUACUUUUUAAACACCCUUUAGAGAAAUUCAUGCCUGACAUGUAAAUAUACUACAAAUAUUCUGUACCAUUAAGACGGAGGUGAAACUAGAUUAAUACACUUUAACUAAUUCUACAGACCUUAAUAUUGCCUGUAGGUGCAAACAAUAGUUCCCAUGAGUAUUUCAUUCAUUCUUGUUGUUGAUGUUCAUACAACCUUGUAUUAAGCGGCUGCCUAUAACCCCUACAGUCCUGGUAGUGUUCCCCUUCAUAAUGCAACCAGUUUAUCAACAUGGACCGCCUGAGUGUUAAAUGUGAUACUCCUGGAAGUCAACAUGGACAUGUUUCCCUGUAUUAGAAUGUUAUCUGCUGUCAUUGUCAGGAAGUGUUCACGAAGACUUGCUGACAAUGCUGUAAAAGUCUCUGACUUUGGAUUUAGUAAAGUUAUCAGUUCAACACACAGAUUUUGAUAUGGAUAUUCAAAGCGGUGUGUGUAUAUAUAAUGGUGUUUAUUCUCUAAAAAAAAAAAAGAAGAAUUUAUAAUGAAUUGAAAACUACACUGCAAAAUUUAAUCUAAAACCGAAAAGCUGUGACUAUAUAGUCGUGCUGGAUACAUUUUCCAAAUGCACUGAUUUUGCCUUAAUUUAGCAGUUUUUAGAACGCUACAGUUUGGUGUUUAGCGUAUAAAUCACAAUAUUUAUGUGUAUAAACUACAUAAUCUGCCUGAUAAUUUAAAGAGCAGACUGUUUGGUUUUUAAACCUUUCACAAGAUGCCGUCAGACUGUGAAUCAAAAUGUAACUUCAUUGUUCCUAAAGGCACCUUUUCUCAAACUGUCUGAGAUUGAUGGACGUUCCACUCCUGGGCAGUGGCUCUGAGCAAGCUGCACUUUUUUUUUGCCUGCCUUUGGCAGGUAUCAUCAUUUCAACGUCCCAUUACUCACACGUGGGUGAAGUGGUGGGGAUAGCAGACACUGAAUGUGCGUGUAAAUGUGAUGCAUUCCACAGCACUUAAGAUAACUGGGAACAAACAAUCUCAGGCACUUCAACUGCUGUGGAGCUAAACGUUUAAAAAAAAAAUGUUUAAUGGAGAAAAAAAAAAAAGUACUAUAAUAAAUAUAUAUGCAACCACGAGGUCAACACACAUUUUAUAUCUCCAUGGAUGAAUUUAUUUUUAAACAGUAUGAAUGUUUCUGUUGGUGCAGUUUUUAUUUUGCCAGUUGCACAAUGCUGCUUUGAGGACGUUGUGGUUAGAGCUUUUGAUAACGUUCUACCUAAUAGAAUCCUUAUUUGUGUUCUGUGAUGGCAUUGAGACUGUCCUUCCUAUGCAGGCAUUCAGAGAGUUUGCUUGGGCUCCACAGCAUUACUUCCUCUGCUGCAUGCUGAUUACCUAACCAACUGCCGCUGGCACUCUGUAUUGGAGGGCUGAUGCAGGCACAGUAACAAACACCUAGACCUGUCGUAAACAAACAGGUCUUAAGGCAGGAUAGACCGUGCAGGCCUGACACAGAUGUGACCAUAGCAACAAGCAGUAUGGAGGAUGCCAUUUUGGAAGCAUCACAUCCUUUUCUGGUUUAACCAGUAAAGGGACCAAUUAUCUGGAUUUAAACUGCCUUAACAUGUUUUGUUAGAUCACAGUAUAGCAAUGUAAAGUGUUCCUGGAGUACAAAUGUAUUUUAAAAAAUCCUGUUUACAAAUAUAUCCAUGUACAUGUUUAUAGCCUAGUAUUUGUAAAAAUUCUUCAACUCAUUAAUGCCAUAGAACUGGGACAUCUAGAGUCAGAUCACCUCACCAGUAAGACUCCUAAUGAUAUAUAUGCACCUACCUCAUAGAUUGUAAGCUUGGUUGAGCAAUGCCUUCUUUAACUCUAUAAUUGUAAAGCACUGCAGAAUAUGGCCCUAUUUACCUUAUUGCAUUGAUCUGUGGAUAUUGUACUUUCCCCCCAAUUUGUACAGCACUGUGGAUGUGGAAUAUGUUGGCUCUUUUUAAAUGCCAGUAAUAAUAAUUAUAUUUUGGCACUUAUGAAUGCUAAUAAUUAGAAUAGUAUAUGUAGUAUUUUUAAUACACCAGUUAAUGGCAGACUGUAAUAACAAUGAUUUUUAGCACAUUUGUAACUUUGGAAAUGUAUACCUGACCUGUGUAUCAAGCAGAUAUUAUUACCUUUUGACUGCCUGCGGUUAUGCGAACUAGAAGGAGCACCUCUGGAAUUGAAACGGUUAAUGUGCAUCUAUCAUGCAAGAAAUUGUCAUGGUGACACUUCUAGGCAAAUCAAAAGCUAGACAAAACUUUCUAAAAAGUAUACAAGCAAGAGUGGAACGUAUUCGGCAUGCCUGGUCAUUUUUAAAUCUUAGCUUUAAGUGUUUGAAUCUGGUGUAGAAAUCAAGAGGAGAGGAGGGUGAAGAGGUAAAAAGUAUCACUGGAAAUCUAUUAAACACUUUAUCCUAUUUGUUAAGUGUUUUCUUAGAAUGUAGUUUGUAGGGGGGAAACAGUGUAAUUAGGAUCGACAAAGCAAAUCUGUGCAUUUUUUUUUACAGCAACAGAUAUAUAGGUUGUUCUAAAAGCAUUAAAGGGCAGCUAUAGGAUGAAACAAAGUGCUUUGAUUUAGUUAAUCCAUUUAGCCUCACUAAACACAAGUUAUGUUCAUGAUAAUUACCUGAUUUCAAUAAAAUUAGAAAUGCAUACACAUUAUUUGAAUUCCCUCCCGAGUACCAAAUGGGUUAAUUAUAAUUUUCUGUCUAUCUUGAUACAACAUCAAUUCAAAGGUUGAAUGCAGAGCUCUAUAGUAUAUUGGGGCAGUGCGACCUCCAGUGGAUAUUGCAAGGAAUGGCAUGCACGGGAACUUGGAAACUAGCAGGUAUCUAAAUAAGUGCUCUGAGUCAGAGCCUGUCUACUUAAUUCAGAACAUAUGUUUUAAUAACACCCAUUAUAUAGAUGUUGCUGUACAUCAUACAUAUAAAAUAAGAGAUUAUAUAUAAUCUAUUAUGUGUGUGAUAUAAAGGACAUCUUGGGUUAACUUUUUUUUUUUUUUUUUAUCUGCAUACCUAGUAUUGGUGCUUAAGUACUGUGUGUUUUUAUAAUGGGUAGCAUUACCCAUCUUACAACUUCAAAUGCGGCUUCUUUGGGAUAAAAUGUAAAAAGUAAAUUUCCCAGUUUCUUUUGUAUUCAAAUAUACGGUAAUUUUUCCAGAUAGACAAAAUAUCCAUUCUAUUAUUUUAGUUAUGGAUACAGUUUAGUAUUAUAAUAACUUUUAUAUGCAGGAGAGAUACCUAAAGUUAAUUAUUUUGAAUUUAUGUAAUUUCAAUUAUUCAAGGCAGAACAAGGCUUUUUCAAAGUGACUUUUUAAAAUUAUUUAAAAUAAAAUGAAUACAUUACAAUAACCAUAAGUUUACAGUGAGGGCAAAAAGUAUUUGAAUCCCUGCUGAUUUUGAACAUUUGCCCACUGAAAAAGAAAUGAUCAGUCCAUAAUUUUAAUGGUAGGUGUAUUUUAACAUGUUAAUGAGUGAAAUAAGUAUUUGAUCCCCUAUCAAUCAGCCAUAUUUCUGGCUCCCAGGUGUCUUUUACACAGGUAAUCUCAGCUCGUUACCUGUAUAAGAGACACCUGUCAACAGAAGCAAUCAGAUUCCAAGCUCUUCACCAUGGCCAAGACCGAAGAGCUGUCCAAAGAUGUCAAGGACAAUAUUGUAGACCUACACAAGGCUGGAAUGGGCUACCAGACCAUCGCCAAGCAGCUUGACGAGAAGGUGACAACUGUUGGUGUGAAUAUUCGCAAAUGGAAGAAACACAAAAUAACUGUCAGUCUCCCUCAGUUUGGUGCUCCAUGCCAGAUUUCACCUCGCGGAGUUUCCAUGAUCAUGAGAACGGUGAGGAAUUAGCCCAAAACUUCAUGGGAGGAUCCUGUUAAUGAUCUCAACGCAGCUAGGACCAUAGUCACAAGAAAACAAUUGGUAACAAACUUUGCUGUGAAGGACUGAAAUCGUGGUGGCCCCUGAAGUGUGCCAAUGAACAUCUGAAUGAUUCAGAGGAGAACUGGGUGAAAUUGUUGUGGUCAGAUGAGACCAAAAUCGAGCUCUUUGGCAUCAACUCAACUCGCCGUGUUUUGGAGGAGGAGGAAUGCGGUCUGUGACCCCAAGAACACCAUCCCUCCAUCAAACAUGGAGGUGAAAACAUUAUGCUUUGGAGCUGUUUUUCUGCUAAUGGGACAGGACAACUGCACCACAUCAAAGGGACAAUGUAAGGAGCCCUGUACCAUCAAAUCUUGGGUGAGAACCUACUUCCCUCAGCCAGGGCAUUGAAAAUGGGUCGUGGAUGGGUAUUCCCGCAUGACAAUGAUCCAAAACACACAGCCAAGGCAACAAAACAGUGCCUCAAGAAGAAACACAUUAAGGUACUGGAGUGGCCUAGCCAGUCUCCAAACCUUAAUCCCAUAUAAAAUCUGUGGAGAGAGCUGAAGGUUCGAGUUGCCAGGCAGCCUCAAAACCUUAAUGACUUGGAGAGGAUCUGCAAAGAGGAGUGGGAUAAAAUCCCUCCUGAGGUCAGGCGAACUACAAGAUACGUCUGACCUCUGAUUGCCAACAAGGGUUUUGUCACCAAGUGCUAAGUCGAAGGGGUCAAAUACUUAUUUCACUCAUUGACAUGCAAAUCAAUUUAUAACUUUUUUUACAUGGUUUUUUUUCUGGAUUUUUUUUUUUUUUUUGGUAUUCUGUCUCUCACUGUUAAAAUACACCUACCAUUACAAUUAUAGAAUUUGUCAGUGGGCAAACGUUCAAAAUCAGCAGGGGAUCAAUACUUUUUCCCCUGAAUCAUACCCAUAGGAAAGCAUUGGCGGACUAGUCCGCAUGCUUGGCAAUACUCCUCUAGGAACCUAUAACCAAGUUUGACUCCAUUAUAGCUGAUAAAGUGCCUAUAGUGGCUGUGUUCCUGACACAAUGCCAAUGUUUUAUGGGCAGGCAUAAUGAGAGAGGAACUCUGCACCCAGACCACUUCAUUCAGGUGAAGUGGUCUGAGUGAUGUUUAGUGUCCCUUUCAGCCCUGGUGAGUAGAUCUUUACCCCUGAGCCCACAAUGGUUCCUCCAAGAUUGCAGUAGCAAGUGAAUUUAAGCCUGUCUAGAAGUGUAAGAUUUUACAUUUUAGGCUCUGUUUACAUUCCUAACAAAACGACCACUUAGCCACCAUCUUAAAAUGCUAUAAAAAAAAAUGUAUAUUUGAAUAGAUAUGUGGGGUGUGUCAAUGGCCCAUUGGUGUCCUGGAUACCCCCAGCACCUUUUUGUGCAAAUUUUUAAUACCAUACUCUCUCCUCGCUGACAAUCUGGCAUUUGACCGAGGCCUGACAUCUUGUACUGGUUUAACUCUGACAAACUAUUUAAUUUAUGCAACAUGUUGCUGCAGCAAUGUGAAGCAUGUCAGAUGGAAAGUUGGAGCGGAUUCACUGUGGCAGGUGUUUGACAUAAUUUCACUUUGUCCUCUGGGAGCCUCGAUGAAGUGCAGAUUAUUCUGUUACAGAUUAAGGCUGAGCCAUGUGCGCAAUUCCGAUGGUAAACUAAACGGAUUUUGUAAAUUAAAUUUAAAUAGGUCUUUUGAAGCAAUGAAUUAGAUUUUUGUUUUCAAAUGAAAAUGGGUCCAGUUACUGAUUUGUUUCAGGGAAUCUAACCCACACAAAUAAAUGAGAUUUAUACAUUUUUCGAAUCAAGUGGAUGGUGUGAGUGCUAGAAUGAAAAUGGACUAAACGGAGGAGUUUCUUGUUUAUGGUUAUGACAUAUUAUGUUUUGCUUUUGAAUUAAUUUGUUGCAUGAAAGCAAAAUGCUCAGCUCUUUACAAGACACCACAAAGCUUGGGAUCCUAUAUAAGUUAUGUGGUCCUGUCUCUUUUAAAUACUUAUUUUAUUGUAACCGUAAUGCAUACAGCAAUGGAUAAAAACAAUUUAAUUGUUAAAAGCUGUAUAAUAUCCUCAUAGCUUGUUCAGCAUUUUGUAACAGAGUUUGAAUUUAGAAAAGCGCACUUGGGUACCAUAUUUAGGUUUUUGGCUGACCUAAGUCAAUCCAGGACUAUUACCCACCCCCCUCCCCACCCGGGUGUCUAGUGGUAGGGAAACAGGGACUCCUUCCUGUAGCACAGUUAAAGGGACGUUCUAAGCAUCAAAACAACUUUAUCUUAAUGUAGCAGUUUUGAUGUAUAGACAGGGGCACCUAUCUGAUGCUCUAAGCCAGGGUUGCCCAAAAGGUAGAUCCCCAGAUGUUUUAAAACGACAACUUCCAUGAUGCCUUGUCAUUCUAAAGGCAUGCAAAGCAUCGUGGCAGUUGAAGUUCUACAACUUCUCAAGCUGGUUACAAAUGGGAAGGUACUGAUUCUGAGAGAAGCGGAAGGACAGGGCAGCACUAAAUGGCUCCUAAGAGAAGACUUUGGGGUAACCAUCAUUCUGAUUAAAUUGUUAUGGUGCCCAGAGAUUCCCUUGAAACUGGUUCAUUAAGCUGUAGCUGUGAUUUAUUUAAUUCUUUCUUUUUGUGAUUAGUGUUCCUUUCUGAGUAUGCUGUCAUGUUACUCUGUUUAUUCUGCUUGUGUCACUGCAUCCUAACUAGCUGAACGGACACUAUAACAUAAAAAAUGCAUGCUUGUAUUCCCAACACUAUAAUGUUCCUUUAAUUUUGUACUUGGGUUCAACAGGUGGAAAGUGUGUUUAAUGAAGUUAAAAGUCACUCACAGAACUUCUCUUGACAGCCACUAAUAGAAAUUAUCAUUCAUAGGACCCUUGUUAUAGAAUACAAAACCAUGGUCUUUGGAAGAUCUUUUCAGAUGGUUGAAAACUUGACAUUACCAAAACAUUCUAUUUCAUGCUCAUAGGAUUUUCAUCAGAUAUCAGUCUCCAGCAAAUGACUGCUGAUUACACUGGGGAGAACUUGGUCUACAUUUGUUUCAAUGUUCAAUAGUUGACAAGUUGAGGUUCCAAACAGACUUUAAAGGAACACUAUAGGUUCAAGAACACAAGCAUGUAUUCCUGACCCUAUUGUAUAAAAACCACCAUCUAGCUCCCCUUUCCCCCUCUUGCCUCCCUAAAUAUAGUAAAAUCGUACUUGUAUUCAAGUCUGCAGCUGCUGGCUCUGCCCUGGCUGCCCUCUACCUGUCUGCUGACAUCAUCAGAAGUGGUGGUCUGAGCCAAUCACUAUGUUUUCCCAUAAGAUUGGCUGAGGAUGUCAAGGAGGCAGAUCAGGGGCAGAGCCAGAACAAGUCAAACACAGCCCUGGCCAAUCAGCAUCUCCUCAUAAAGAUGAAUUGAAUCAAUGCAUCUCUAUGAGGACAGUUCAGUGUCUGCAUGCAGAGGGCGGAGACACUAAAUGGCAGUGCUGCUCACUGUGCAGCACUGCUCCAGGAAGCACCUCUAGCAGCCACCUGAAGAGUGGCGAGUGGAGUUAUCACUAGGCAGUAAUGUAAACACUGCCUUUUCUCUGAAAGGCAGUGUUUACAGCAAAAAGCCUGAAAGGAAUUAUUCUACUCACCAGAACAAAUACAAUAAGCUGUAGUUGUUCUGGUGACUAGAGUGUCCCUUUAAUUAAUUAAAACUUUACUUUUAACAGAUACAUUUUAUUAAAAAAAAAAAAGGUAUAAUUUUCUGUUGCUAUACCAACAAUAAAAACAAACAAAAAUAGUUUCUAGUCUCUAAGGCAUUAAAAAUAUCAAGUAUCCCUGGCACUCAUCCAGAAGUGCAUCUAGUUUGAGGGAAUUUCCAAAGCCCAAAAUUAAAACAUACAAAGCAUCAUUAGAAGAACCAUGCACACUCAAGAACGAAGUACGAAUAAAAUAAACGUUUGCUUAAAGUUUCAUUUAAAGGGAUUCUAUAGUAAUAAUCUGUAUUCCUAACACAAUAGUACCCUUGUGCCACUCCCCACCCCUAGCAGAUAAAGUGUUAAUAAAAAAACUUUAGUCAUUCGAUUCCAGCGCAGAGUCUGCACUCUGCCUUCUCUGACAUCAUCUGACAGGGGCUCUGAUGCGUAGUGCUUUUUUACUAUGGUGAUUUUACUGACACUGUAUUUCCUCAGGCAGAGCUUGAGCAUGUCUAGCGUCGUUUAAGGGACUCUGAGGUUGUUUGAAUCCCAGAAGCGCCUCUAGCCACUAGAGGUUGUCCUUGUACUACAACGUAAAUGCUAGGACUAAGGGGGGCAGGGACAUUGCACCCAGACCACUUCAAUAAAUGGAAGUGGCCUGGAUAACUAUAGUGUCCUUUUAAUUGCAAAAGGAAACUCAGAGUAUGCACAUAUUCACAGGGGAAAACCCUGUUUUGUAGUUUUACAAAAUAAUUCCCAAAAAUAUCAAAUACAGAAAAAUUGGACUCAAUUUGUCACGAACGCAUCCUAAUUCAAGAGUGUGCGUGAUGUAGCUGUGGCGAUGAAAGGGUUAAAGUUUACUAUUUGUCUGCACUAGACCGGAAAUAAUGGAAAACUCCCCCUUAACACCACCCACACUUAAAGGAACACUAUAGUCACCUAAAUUACUUUAGCUAAAUAAAGCCGUUUUAGUGUAUAGAUCAUUCCCCUGCAAUUUCACUGCUCAAUUCACUGUCAUUUAGGAGUUAAAUCACUUUGUUUCUGUUUAUGCAGCCCUAGCCACACCUCCCCUGGCUAUGAUUGACAGAGCCUGCAUGAAAAAAAAACUGGUUUCACUUUCAAACAGAUGUAAUUUACCUUAAAUAAUUGUAUCUCAAUCUCUAAAUUGAACUUUAAUCACAUACAGGAGGCUCUUGCAGGGUCUAGCAAGCUAUUAACAUAGCAGGGGAUAAGAAAAUCUUAAUUAAACAGAACUUGCAAUAAAGAAAGCCUAAAUAGGGCUCUCUUUACAGGAAGUGUUUAUGGAAGGCUGUGCAAGUCACAUGCAGGGAGGUGUGACUAGGGUUCAUAAACAAAGGGAUUUAACUCCUAAAUGGCAGAGGAUUGAGCAGUGAGGCUGCAGGGGCAUGUUCUAUACACCAAAACUGCAUCAUUAAGCUAAAGUUGUUCAGGUGACUAUAGUGUCCCUUUAAGCAUAAUAAUAGAACUAUUACUAUUUUAACGCUGCUACCACCAAGACAAUUUAGAAAUAGGGUAAAAUCAAUAAUAAAAAAAUUAAAAAAACACCAAAUACAACUUUUAAGCCCAAUAUUUAAGGAAUUGCUAAAAUACUACUUAGUCUCUUCAGGUAACGUAAUUCUUUACCAGACAAAGGUAGAAAUAAAUUGUUACAGGGCAUACAAAAAUAUAUAUGACAAUCAAAAUUAUUUAUACCAACAAAAGGGAUAAAAUACCAAAGUCCUAAUUACUUACUCGGCUCUUGGUGGCCCGCUUAGAAUUAGUUUCUGCCCCCAAGCAAGUACCAUGCACCCUUAAGUAUCAUUAGAGAUAUACCCUGUGGAUUACCACGCCCCACCCAGAAGUGGAGUUAAGGCUUUUCUAUAGACACUAAGUGACCACCCCCGCAUCUAUCCAAAUGGAAACAUUUGGUUCUAUCUUCUCUUAUGUACCUGCCACUGAAAUAGUAAUUGCAUCUUCAAAUUUAUUAUUUUUCCAUUCCAUAGAUAUGUCAUACACCUUACUUGCGACCCGAUAUAGCAAACAUAAAAAUCCUUUCCCCUAUGGUUAAAUUAUGCCAAACAUGUUUGGGCUUGUUUAGAAGAUGGCGCUUGUCACAUUCCAAAUCUAAGAAAUAUGAGGCUUAAUUAUUAUUCUGUGGGUAAAUAUUGUUUUUUUAUUUUGGAUAUGAUACUGGAACAAGGCUAAUGGCCAUUAACAUAUUAAAGAGAUUGAUUUAGUUAAUUAAGAAGUACAGGCCAUGUGACUGAAACCAGGCAUUCAGGCUUUUGAAGUGUAGAAUCUCACACCUUGCAGAGCCUUUGAUUAAUUCACAGGAUCCACCCAUAUGGUAAAACCCUUUUAACAUACCUAUGCAAUUUACAUUACCCCUUCUGUCAUCUGACCAUUCAUACAAUCAAAUUAACCCCUUUUGACAUUGACAAUAUUCCAUCUCUACCAGGCAGGCACUACACAAAUUACAUUAAAGGAUAAUAUUCCAUAGUGCAAUAGCGAAUUAUGCACCCUUGCUGUGGCACCAAAUGUUUCAGGAGAUCCUCCUCAUAUAAAGACAAAAAGUGACCCUAUAUAAGAUUCUCUCAAGAUAGUUGUUAAUUAUACUAUUACUGUGAGUAUACAUUAACAUCUAGUCCAUAUGACGUAGUGAAUACAGUCCAUAAUGUUAGGUCAAAAUCCACUAAAGAAGUAAAAAAAACAAAAAACAAAAGUGAAAGAUGCUUAACCUGUAUCAAGGAACUGAGGGCACGAGCCUUUCCAGGGACUGAGAGGAUGCCAAAUAAAGAUGACCACGCUGUCCAUUGCUCCUCAACCUACACCAGCCUUGCUGAGAGCGUUUCGAUAUUGGAGCACAAUACAUUUUUUUUGUUUGUUUGUUUUUUUGUGGCAAACUUACUUAAUAAUAAAAAGUAACUUAUAUAGCUAAAAUUUUAAAUAGUUCCCUCAUCUAGGGAUACUAGACCAAUAGUACACCGUCAAGAUCCUAGUAAUAAUAGUAAUAUUCAAGUGGGGGAAAAAAAUUAACCAUAAAACAAGUUGGUUGCUCCUAAGGUAAAUGCUGCAUAUAUAGGAGUGAACAAAAAUAGAGGGGGGUGGGAAGGGGUUUGGAAGUUGAUGAUAUUAACAGAAACCCUUGUCGGGGCUCACUUAGCCUGACACCUCCAACCACCGAUAACGAUACCUUUUUACCUUUAUACCUUUAAGUUAUCAUCCAGUUGAAUUUAUUUCACUAAAACUUCGGGUGGCUGAGGUCUCUGGCAUACUAGCCUCCUGCAAACUAUGGCAGGUAUAUACUCCUAGUAGCAAAUAUAAUUAUGCUGAUCUUGGGUUAGUUAGCAGGCGGUCUUUGUUAGGCAGUUAGAUUAGCUUUAAUUAUUGAUAAGGUGCCCUUAAAGGCACAGAUUUAUUAUUCCGACUUUAUUUGUGUGGAAUUUUUACCUGACAGUAUGGACUCUUUUCUAUAUCGUGGGGACUUAAUGUUAAUUGCUAUUCGUAUAUUUAAGCUGAGUUUUUGUAAUUCCUGCCUUGCAAAUUAAAAAAGGGGUUGGAGUAUACUAUUACUGCACCGUUAUCUCUUAGGAUUCUGGGAUAGGGUGCAAGAAAGGAAAUAUUAUAUAUAUUUUUUUUUGGGGGGGGGAGAGAUCUCCUCUGUUUUAAUGUUUUUAUUUUUUUGUUUGUUUUUGUGUUUGAAGUUUAUUUUGUAAAAGUAUACAGCAGGGUUUUCCCUUCAAGUAUGUGUGCAUAUCCUUACUUUCCUUUUGCAAAUAAAUAAACUUUUUUUUGGUUCGUACUUGAGUGUGCAUUGUUCUUUUAAUGACGUAUUCAAACUGGGAACCUAUUGUGUGUUAAUUAAGUAAAGCUGUGAUGCAGUUUGCCAGUUGGCCUGCAAGGUAUCUAAAUGUGACACCGCAACGUAAUUAUAGAGUGAUGGAGUAAUAAUUAGUUAUGUAAUCACCUACUGCAUCUGAUGUCCUUGUUUAGGUUUAUCUGUGAGAUGUCAUAAUCUGGGAUUAGUGACGUUCUUGUGGCUGUUGCUGUUUCGUAUAAGACUGUUUGUUUUUCAGAUGUGUUCUCUGGACUUAACCAAUAGCCGGUAAUGAGGUGCUCUAUUUUCUAGCUCUCACAUUUCUUAAUGAAAAUAACUAGGUCAGUGCGUGAUUUACCUUAAGGCAGGAUUAAAGAACAUCCAUAUAUGCCAUGGAUGCAGUACCUUCCACAAAAGGUGAAAAUAGCAGAAAAUGUCAAAAAUAUUUUCAGAUUUUUUUUUUUCUAUUUCUAAAAGAACACUCCAAAGUUCCUUAUCAACUACAGCUCACAGUAGUUAUGGUGCCAGGCGUAUCCUGGCAUCCGCACAUGAUAAGUAGUCAAACUGUUUGAGAAUAGUUUGACAACUUACCUGGGAUCUGCUGGGUACCCAGCACCUUGUUUCCAGCUGGAAGCUUCUGCGCUAAGUUAAACUGUGCAGUGAGACACUCAUUAGCUGAGAGUGCUCAGAUGUUAAGCUGGCACAUAGUGGUCAUGGUGUUCUGAUUUAAAAGAAUCUUUAGUGCCUCAUUUUAUUGGAUGCAGUGUAUUUAUUGCUUGUUAUUGUCUCGUUUUUGAACACUAGAGGGCACACCAUACCAACAGCAAAGGAGCAAAAACCUGUACGUCAUCUAGAAAGCUCUUGCUUCUCCCUGGAAGGAAAUAGUGACUGCCCAGACUUGUUUUUGAUUUAAGGUUGCAGUUUCAUAGCAAGAAUAUGUGAUCUUGUCACUGUGGUUAUGUGAAUUAGCUGUUGGUAAUUGGUAUCAAAAGCAAUUGAUAUUUUUACUGCUUAAAGUAUAUUUUUAGUGUAAAAAAAGUUUGUAACAUGCAGAGAGAUGAGAUAUCGAUCCACCCACACACUGUGUGUGUUUUUAAUACAAUGUUAAACAAAAAUCUGCACACCAGUCAAGCCAUAAGACUUGCUUUUCCCACAGAAAUCACAAAUCUGCAGUGAUGUUACUACCACAAAGGAUUCUGGGUGGGCAUAUGCAAAUUAGUUUAACAAAGAAUCACACGUUUCAAAGCUGUUGCAUACAGCAAACACAGACUCAAAGGAACCCAUGUUUAAAAUGGAAUGAGGCAAAAUUGUGAUUCUUUGUUAAACUAGUUUGUAUAUGCCCACCCAGAAUCCUUUGCGGUAGGAACAGCAGAUUUGUGAUUUCUGUGUGAAUAGCAAGUCUUAUGGUUUUACCAGUGUGCAGAUUUUUGUUUAACAUUGUAUUAACUAUCCACAGACUUCAGGUGGAAGGGGUUUUCACAAUUUAUUCCCCACCAUAACCUUUGGGGUUUUUUUUUUUUGUUUUUUGUUUUUUAUUGAGAGCUCUCUCUCUCCAUCUCCCUCCUCCCCAAGAUCCAGCGCACUCACCUAUCCACUAAACAGCAACUUCAAUGUUGACAGAUUUUAUUAGGGGUUUUUUUUUUUUUUUUUUUUUAACUCCUUGACGACCGAUGACAGUUCAGGACCGUCAUCGGAAAAAUCCCCUUGAGGACUGAUGACGGUCCUGAACCGUCAUAAAGGUCUAGGGCUACUUACCUGAUCGCCGGCGGCGAUCAGCGCUCCUCCCAGUCUGCCCGGGCAGUCUCCCCUCGGCAGAUCAGGACCCCACGUGAUCACUCACGCUUGUAGACAGUUGUAAGCCGGGUGCUUGUAAUCCAGGGAAAAAUUGCAUAUGGUAAAGUAGUGAUCAGCACUCUCGGACUUUUGUUGAGUUUAAAACUUACAGUUUAUUGAAAUUCCAUUUAAAAGAUCAACGUUUCAGUUCCUAUCUGGAACUUUCAUCAGGAUCCUGAUGAAAGUUCCAGAUAGGAACUGAAACGUUGAUCUUUUAAAUGGAAUAUAUAUAUAUAAUAUAUAUUAUAGUGUGUAUUUUUAUAUUUAUAUAUACGUAUAUUAAUAUAAAAAUACACUUUUAAUUUACAUUACACACGUGUGUGUGUAUAUAUAUAUACGGGGAUUUAUGACCGAUAACGGUGUUACAAUGUCACUAUUGAUAAAUUUAAAAUAUAUAUAUAAUUAUAGAAACAGCAAUUUCCUACUUGUAUUUAUAGGCCUAUAACUUGCAAAAAAUAAAAUCAAUAAAGCAUGUAAACACUGGGUGUUAUUUAAACUCGGGACAAAAUUUUAAAUCUAUUUAGCAGUUUUUUUUCAUUAGCUUUUGUAGAUAAGUAAAAGAUUUUUCAAGUAAAAGUCCAAAAACAUGUUUUUGUUUUUUUAAAUUUUUCACCAUUUAAAAAAAAAAUAAAAAAAAAUGACUUGAUACAAAUAAUGGUAUGUAAAGAAAGCCCUUCUUGUCCUGAAAAAAACAAUAUAUAACUUGUAUGGGAACCGUAAAUGAGAGAGCGGAAAAUUACAGCUAAACACAAACACCACAAAAGUGUCAAAACUGCUCUGGUCCUUAACGUACAACAUUGCAAAAACAGGCCGGUCUUUAAGGGGUUAAACACCUAAUCUAGGCAAAAGUAAUGGUGGUUUAGUAACAUUAUAUGAUCAUACAUUGCAAAAGCCUGCCACAACAUCUAUGCACCCCAUCUUUGGCAGGUCCUACACUAACAGCCUAAUGUCUGCUCUUAUGAGAUUAACCCACUUACUUGGGGGGAAAAAAAUCCAUCUGGGGCUCUCUGCAGUACAAGGCUAAAUAGGACCCUCGGAUGAGGCACCUGUGACAGGGAGGGGUGCAAAACUAAGGGGUUGCUAGACUCCCAAAUAUAAAUAUAUAUUUUUUAUAUAUUAUAUUAUUUCUUCCUAAUACACGCUUCUCUUUGUGUUUUAUAUUACGUGAUAUUUUUAAGCUAGGAUCAUUGGGGCAACGAGGUAUUUUAAUAAUGCGACGGAACCAGGACAUAACUGAUGGCGAGAUGUUGCGAAAAGUAGAAUUCCACAGGCGUCACAAUGUGACAUGACUAAGGCCUCUAGGCUGAAGCGUUGUAUCUAUUUUUUUUUUUUUAUCCUCUUUGAUCUCCAAUAAAUACAUUUUUGCCUUCACCCUUCAUUGUGAUGCCUGUGGAACUCUACUUCGUGUUGUUUCUGGUGGGCUGUGGACCCCCCUCCACAGAGCUCCUAUGUAAACUUACUGGUGUGCAGCACUCCGUUGACUUUAUCCAUUAAUAGUGUAGCAACUUCAGCUGCUGCGAUUAAUUCACCUUGAUAGAGACCUGGAUUAAAAUGGUGCCAGCUGCCACUCAUGGGUGCAGUCUCCCUCAUCUCUGAAACACUUGGACAUGCACUGCAAGGACCUUUAUCUCAAGGGUCCUUCCAGUGCACAGUGUUGACCACUAUGUUUACCAUUGUGGAAAAUAAUCGCAUGUGUGUUGUCACUAUCUGUGCCUUUAUAGGGAUAGACAAUGUAGUCUGGCUAGUGACAUGAAUAGCAGAUCAUAUUUUAGAUCCCAUAUUGCACAGUGGGUGAUGUCAUCAGUCUUCAUAAUGUGUGAUUUUGGCAGACACUGUGUCGUGCAAGGGUUGCCCUUAUAUCGGGUAGUAUUUGGACAGUGACACGUGUUUUGUUUUGUCCAUAUUCUCUAGCUCUUUGGACUUGACAAUUUCCAAACUGAUAAAAUGCAGAUCACCUCCAUAUUUAGGUUCUCUUACUUGUUUAAUAUUUUGUUAAUCUUGAGAAACUAUGCAUAUCAUGUUUAAUUUCUGCAGAUUUCUCUUAAAAUAAAUACACUCACAAACUCUCAAGCUGACAGUUUGCAUUUUUUUAAUUCCAUAUUUUUAAGGCUAUUCACACAUAUCAACAACAACAACAACAACAACAAAAAAAAACAGACCAUUCUUUAUCAAACCAUAUUUUUCUUUUUGGGUUGUUUUUGUGUUUAGUUAGCAUACAAUUGCAUUUAGUAUAAUUCACCACUAUCCUCAUCCUACACGAUUUUAUUAAUAAAUUUGCUUACACACAUACUCUAAACUUUAGCUUAAUGAAGUAGCUUUGGAGUACAGAUCAGGUCUCACUGCUAGACUCUAUGCCAUUUAGUGGUUAAACCACUUUGUUUAUGCAGCCGUAGCUAGACCAUCCCUAGCUGUGACUCACACAGCCUCCAUGAAAAAAUAGGUUUUAUUUUCAAACUGAAUUUACAGCACAGCAUAUUUAGUCAAGUUCUUAUCUUCUGCUUAGUAAACUGAACUUGAAUCACCCACAAAAGACUUCCUUUGGCUGUAUCAGGCAAUUGACAGCAGAAGAUAAGAAAUUAUAAUGCUCUUUUUUUCAGGAAGUGUGUAGUGAGGCAGUGUCACAAAUAGAUGAGGUGUGGCCAGGUCUACAUAAACAAAAGUGAUUUAACUCCUAAAUGGCACAGAAAUCGGCAGUGAGACUACAGGGACAUGAUCUAUACAACACAGCCAAUUAAUUAAGCUAAAGUUGUUUUAAUGCUUUGUUUUCCCUUAAACUAUGAAAAUUUCAAGAAUGCCUAUUAUUAAAUCUUUUGUCAGUAAACAGACUUUACUUUAAAUUAUUUUAAUACUAUGAAAACCUUCUUCUCUGACUAAGAUUCAUUUUCUCAGUAGUGCCUUCUUUUCAUCAAAUGCUAUAAUAGGCCAUUAUUUCCCCGAAAAAGAAAACCAAAGUGUGGAAAAUGGCAUUUUCGUUUAAAUUUAACAAUUUUUUUUUUUUUUUUUUUGGUAUUUUCUACGAACAGAAAUAGAAUGAUCACUGACCAUACUUUUACCUUGGAUAAUGAGGAGUCAUUUGGAUGGAACUAUCUCCUUUCAAUCCAAUUGCAUAGUCCUUUCUUCCAGGCCUUUUUUUUUUUUUAAAUCUGUUUAAAAAUUGGGUCAAAUCAUCUAAAAAAAUGUCUUAACUUCAGGCUUACAUUUUGUCACUCGGUAACAAGACAGAAAUUCAAAAGUUCUUUCGGACUAGAUGUUAGUCGGCUACAAAACUAGGUCCGUCGUGAGGUGUGUGAAGUAUAUUGAUAACAAGGAUUCUAUAAUCGUAAUAAUACAAUUAAUAUUAUCUCAGAAAUGUAUCAAUUAUAAUUAUAAGAUCAUUUCUAAAAAAACAGACAGGGUAGAAUCACACUGCUCAUUAGACCUCAGCAGAAACCAUAAAUAAAUAUUAAGUGCAUAUUAUUUAGUUAGCAAUUAGAUCCAUUUGAAAAUUGCAGGAUUCCAGUGUGCUCAAUUUGGUCAGCAUUCUGUUGUCAGUGAGUACAGUGAACCACUUUUAAGGUUCUUCAUUAAAUGGAGAAUUGCUUAGGAUUCAAAGUGAAUUUUAUUUUUAGACCAAACUAGAAAUAUUCUCCAAGUUUGCCAAUUUUUAUGUUUGGCUACUUUGGUAAAAGAUGUAAAUUAAAAAGGGUGGGACUGAACAUUUUGGAGCAGCUAUAUGGUCUCCAAACUAUAUUUUUAAUAUUUUGUCCCACAAUUCACCUUAUAUUGUAUUUUAUUAUUUAUGCGUUGUUUUUGCAAAAUUAUUUCAUCUUUCAAUAUAAACAUUACCGCAGUUAGAAAUGUCACUUUGGAACCUGCCAAUGACACUAGAAUUCAGGCCGUAUAAAUACAAAAUAUUGGUAAUACAUAGAAUAAGUCGCCUCUGUGCAGAGUUCGUAAAUCAGUAUGGCAGCUCUUAAGUCUUGGGAAUCGAAGUGGUUUUGUUCUAGUCAAUCAAUAACCUGCAUAGUGGCAACAAUAUAGCAAUGGAGUACCAUCCCACGUUUCACACCUGUCUUCUGUACUUGGUCAUAGUCCAUGUGAAGGUCUGGAGGUGAAACAAUAUAUGUAUAGUGUGUGUGUGUAAGAAAUGCAUGAUUCAACAGAAUUUGUAACUUGAGCUGAAUGGAAUGAUGGCGGCAUGAGCCCUAGAAAAUAUCAGAAUGAACUGCAAUCAAAUUUCAACAGAGGAGGGCAAAACAUAUUCUAUCCAAUUGUCUAAAAUUAUACUGUAAAUCUCUCGCUUAAGAGAAUGUUUAGCCUGUCUUUUUUGUGUGCUGCUGAUUAAUUCCAAAUAGAAAAAUAGGGGCAAUCGCCAACAAACAUGUUGAACAGUAGUGUACAGGAGAGUAAGAGGUUUUGUAAGGGAUAUUCUCAUGCCGUACAAAUAUCUGGAUCGAUAAAGAGGAAGGAAAACUUGCUUAUUGUUAUGUCCAAAACCGAGGGGUGGGUGUUGGGUGCCGGGUAGCCCGGUUCAGUGGAAACCAGAAGGACUGUACCUUCUCCUUGCACAGUCACCACACCAUAAACUGUAGUGGUUAUGGUGUUUGAAGUGCCUUUUAUAAGCAAAAAGAUUGAUAGAAUGAAACAUACCAUAGGCCCUGCACACAACUACAAUAUUUCUAUAAUGCUAAUGCUCUUAGGAGUGCUGAUUCUUCCCAUGACUUUAUUGGCCUGUGCAGAAUUGAGGAGAAUUCUGUAAUCUUGUGUUUUGGUUUGUAUUUGAGUUGGCAAUGUAAAUCGGGUUUCUGUCUUCUUAUCAGAACUAUUCUCAGUUAGGUGUGCAGUAUCGUUCCUGCUAGUCCAUUAUUUGUAAUAUAUUUUUGAUAUGUUUGAUCAUCUUUACAUUCUAUAACCAUUCUGCAAAUUUGCUAUUGCAAACCAUACAUAGAGCUAUCAAGUUUACAUAUAAACACCUUUUAUAUUUUUUUUUUGUUUAUUUAUUUUUUUUAAAGGGAAAAGUCAUGAUUUAGUUCAAUUUAUUCAUGAUGUUUAUCAUACUUAACCUGAAACUGCAUCACAGUUUUCUAGUGUUAGAUUCAACUUGAUUAAAUUAGUUUGUUAGACUAAUUGCUAAACCCCCCCCAGGAAUUAAUCUUUAUAUUGAAACUUUCCAGCUAUAUAUAGUCUUCUAUUAUUUCUAUUUUAUUUCUUUCAUUAAUCAAACGUCUGCUCUAGUUCUAUAUUUGAUUGGUUUGUCCCUCUUUUGUUUUUGUUUUUUUUACCUGCUAGAGCUUGGUAAUACAUAUAUAUUGAAUUAAAGGUACUUUCCAAUCACCAUGACAUCUCUUUUUUUUUUUUUUUAAUUAUGGUACACCGAGAUUCCCUGUCACUGUCUACCUACAAUCAUUUGAUUUAUAAUUGCAGAGACUAGCUGCUGUCUCUUGCAAGCACUGUGCACUAAACCAUAAUUGGGACCGUCCAUAAACUGAUGGCAACCCCAGCAUGAACAGAUAUUAGUCCACAGAGUCCAGGCUGAGAGGCUCCUGAUUGGUAGAGCCUCUUCCUGCUCCAUGCAGAGCUCACUUCUGCCUGUCUACACAAGUACUACUACUGCAAACACUUUUUCAUUUUUAAUGUAUUAUGAAAUGGAGUCUCUUCCAUCCUAAAGUAUGCUUUGGAAGGGUUAAGAUGGCCCUGUGCCGCUGCUGUCAGCCUUCAGUUUGGGCCCAUGUUCAGUUGUUCCUUGACCAUAGCUGCAAGCUUCCUCAAGGCACCUGUCAAGUGUGUACAGCUGAUUGGCGUGCUUGACAGAAAUCAUGACUCAAAUUCUUGGUGUUUCCCUACAGUGAGCAAAUAUGGCCACAGUAUUUGACAUAGAAAGGGAUACAGAUCAUCCAUCUUGUGUUAUCAGGUUAUUAAUUAUAUCAUCAAUCUGUCUCUCUGUUCUUUGAUACAUCUCUUUAUAGGCCUAUUUCCAUCAGUGCGAAAAUCUACCUCAAUCUACUUUUCUAUAUACGGAUAGAUCUACAUCUAUCUAGUUAUAGACCCAUAUUUGUUUAUCAACCUUUUUGUGUAUUGAUCAACCUACAUACCUAUUUUAGGAUCAAGUAACAAGUAUAGUUUAUUAAGAAUUACUGUUUAUUCUUCCAGUGGAGGUAGAAAUGGCUGUUAACAUCACAGUAUUAAUGGACACCUGGAUUGUGUAUACUGUAGUCCUGAAAAGCAAACCCACAAAGUCAGUCAAUUUUCUAAAUGGCAGAAUAGAUGUUCUCGUUGCUUCCCCGAUGCUUUAUAUGACUAUAAUAUGUACCAUAAAGGCCCAAUAAACAUUUGUGUAAACCGGCGUUUAAAUCUGUACCAUGGUUAUUAAUAUACAGAAAAAAAAUACAACCGGUUACAAAUAUUGUUAAAGGCUCUGUUCUACUUUCUUGUCUGACACUGUAACCUUUCUCUUUAUUGUAUCUCAGCAUCCACAAGUGCAGCUCUGCGUUGCACAGUUAUUAUCAUUAAUUGAAAUAAUCUCCUACAAACCCAAGAUCAGAUUUUUUUUUUUUUUUUUGCACUGAAGUCAGAUAAUUGGCUUAAUAAAAUGAGGUCCUGUUACCGACUGUUCCAUCUUUGCUCAACUGCUUCCUUAUUAUAAUGUGCAGCUGUUUCUAAUUUAUUCUAUUAUUUUUAUUAACCCUAGGAAAUCCAUCCUGUGCAAUGAAUAAAAUUGUACUUUAAGAUAAGGAAAAAUGGCAGUGUAAAAGGCACUAUUUUAACCCUUUGAAUGCAAGGAAGCACAGAGCAAUUUGUCUGUCACCCUUUCCUGAACAACCCUGUUUGUUUAUAUGUUUGUCUGUUAUAUAAGGGCUGCUUAUUAACCAUAGGUUCACCAUGGUUGGAGUUUGACACUUUUGAGGGCAGUCUUUCCUGUUUGGCUUGCUGUGCAUCAUGGUAAAUGUAGUCCACUAGCUGCAUGCCAGUUGGUUAGCCAUCACUGCCAUAGACCAUGCAGCAUGCUGUUUUUCACAGCUCAGCAAUCUUCCAGGCUGUGUUUUCCUUUGUCCUUGCUUAUACAUAGUAUCCAUUGAAAAGUGAAACCCAGCAAAUCACUGAAAGGUCUGUGACAGCAGGAGCCCAGGGCUGGCUCAUCGUACAGCUUUGAGGCAAUUCAGCAACGAGCAAGAAUGGAGACAGAUAAAGUUGUGCUAAUUAAUCUUCUGUGUGCAAGGCUGGUAGCACAGGGAUUCCAUUACUAAAUGCAAUUUACAAAACAAAGCUCUGUACCUAGGAGAUUUACUAUCUGUAGCGAAUCAGAAAAUCCCUUACAUAAUGUUUUAACUCUCAGACGUUCACUGCCUUGGCACUGGCAUUUUGAUUGGCUUUCUGAUAAGAUUUGUGGGCCGGCCUUCCAAACACUGUAUGGCUUUCCUUGAAGGUGUCUGUGUGAUUGCUGUUGGCAGUGCAGGUUUUCUCCAGUAGCUGAGCAUCGUGGUGUACAUUGUUCAUUGCAUCCUGGGGCUCAGGACAAAAUGCAGAUCCCCAGCAUUCAGGAUUUUUAUUCAUCUUCUGGAGUUUCUUCAUUCUUGCUUACUGUGGGCUAUCCCAUUCCCUUGGAUUUUUACAAAUGGUACUCAUACAGUCUGAAUGCACCCCAUGGGAUUUUCAUUCCAGAAUACUUCAUGUGCACCUAAAGCCAUUUAUUGUAGAAAAAUAACAGGAAUUUCUGAAACAAACUGAGAUAUUUAUUUUUAAUUAUUAUUUAUUUUAAUUUACAUUUUAUUUGCACAUCACUGGGUGAUUUGAGAUCAAUUAUCUGUCAAGAUGCCUGAAGCAAAUUAUUUACUUUCUGUGUCCUGGGGCUAUAUAAAGGUAAACAAUAUUUCUCUGCAGUUGUGUGUAUGUACAGUGUAAAUGCUGUGUCUCUGAUGUAUGUGGAACCUGCGUUGUGCAACGUUUCAUUAAACCAUUGCAGAUCUGAAUAAUGGCUUCUAUUGUAACAGUUUUUUUUUUUAUUUUUUUUAUUCAUUGGAUCAGUGCUUACAUUGUAAUCAUGGAGACAUUUGAAAACUGUUAUGUGAAAAAUCUAAAUAUAAUAUAUAAUUACUUGGUGCUGCAUGAGAUGGUCCCUGAAAACUGGCAGAUUGCAUGUUUACAUUCAUAUACCGUAUAUGUCAGACUGUUUAUGGCUUCUGGAUUUCCUCCUGGUUUAUAAGUGAUGUGCUUUUAAGUCGUGAGCUGGGCGUAUUUGUUAUCAGGUGCCCUGUGUGCUUGAUGCCUACAGUAUUGACAAAGGCUAUAUAGGUUAGGAUGCAGCUCCGUUCCAACGACUCUUGGUAUCAUUAACACACAUUGAUUACACCUUCUAUUCUUGGAAACAUUGUAGAUGCUCUGGAUUGAAGUAGAAAUACAAUUUUCAUCUGCUGUGGAAAAAAUACUGGUUACAUAAGAUUACAAAAGACAUAUGUUCCCAAUCUAUAAACAUUGUGGUUUUUUUAAUAUUUUUAUUGCAGGAUUCUGAUGUCACUUUUGCAGAAAUGUUCCAAUUUUAAGGUGUAGAUUGUUAAACAUGGGCGUCUGUGUGUGCGUGUAUUUUGUUUAGAUUUUUGAUUUGUGUUUUUAUUUUUAUUCCCCUUUUUGACUCAGAAAGCCCACGGAAUUAAUUAGGGUUUGGUCCACUGCAUGGAAAAUGGCUGCACAGUUGCUCAUUAGGAAACAACUGGAGAAUGGCAUAGAUAAGGCUAUAUACACCCAGAGUAAUUUGGAACCCCAUUUAAUUGAUUUAACUCUUUGUAAAGUCCUGCUCUAUCCACCUAUUGGAACCUAAAUUAACAUUUCUCUUGGUCCAUAUAUUAUCCUCGGCUACAGUUGAAAUGCACAUCUUUUCUGCAAGAAGUAUUAUUUUUGUAUAACUGAGAAGGCCUUUAUUUCUUUCCCACCAUAUUCCUGUCUAACAUCCUUUUCACGAUUACUCUUGAUGCCCCAUUUUUAUUCUGGCAAAUACCUUCUAUAUUUGCCAUAUUAAAAAUAUAGCCUCAAGAGUAGUCACGACAAGAGUGUUAGAAGGCCUUUAUUAUUUAAUCCCCACUAUUUCCAGCUAAGUUGUACAAAAAUAUAUAUGAUCUUGCAGUACCGUAUACAGUGAGGGAAUUCUUUGUAGCCCUGUGAUAUGAGCUUGAAAAAUGAGAUAAGUAGCCCGUCACAAUGUAAGAUUGAUAACCAUCUCGCUUCUCCUGCACUGUAACCUGCAAUUUGCACAUGUUCAUUUCAAGCCUUAAUAGGGGUUACUAUAUGACUGAGAGUGAAUGCUUAGAAGGAGAAUAACAUAAUUGCAUAAUAGGAUUUGUUUGUCUAUUAUAAUAUUCGUGCAACAAUUGAAGCAGAACGUGGCAUCUCUAUCAUUAGAUGCACUCUUGCACAAUAGGCACUUGGAGUGUUACUGUAUUUAUUUUUUAAUAGGGGUUUAUUUAUUUAUAUUGUGUGAAUCAUGCCUGAAAGCUUAAUAGUAAAACCAGUGGGGAAAAAGUCGAGGGAUAUACAUCAAUAUUAUGUUUACAUAGUAAUCUAAAAAUCAUACGAACUGACAUUUUUUGAGGAUGACUUUUUUUUUACUGUGUAUGAAUGUACCUUCUCUAAUUUAUCAGCAGUGUUUGGUUAUUGUUGGUUGUUUUACAUGUGUAAAUGCACACAUGCGUGUUGUAUGUUUGUUUGUUUUUUAUCAUGUCACUGAGACCAGCACUAGUUGGUCGGAUCUGGUUACACGUAUUACAGAUGAGGAAUGCCUGUCUGCUAUGAUGUAAUCACAUCUCUCACCUGUCACUGUGGCAAAGGGUGCCAUAAAUUGCUCCCCCCACCCCCAAUAAAUAUAAGCAAAGAGAAUUCAAAAUCUAUUAUGUGUUAGCUUUUUAUUGCUUUCCUUAUGAAAUCACAAACGCAUUAUGGAAAAUUAAUCCCAGCAAAUGCAUUUUCUUUCUUGGUGUCAGGAUUUGCAAAUUGCAUUCUAUCUAGAUUUGCUGUAGUCUCUGAUUUUAAUGCACUCCAAGCUUUUGUCAUCACCACUCUCAGCCUGCUCUAUUGAUUAUGAUGGUAUAAGAGUACCCUGGUCCUGUUUCCCCAUUUUAGCAAUUGUCUGCCCCCUAACCUGGGUCCGCACUGGACUCCGAGGCUCCCUGUUUGUCUGGUGACGCGAAUCCUGAAGCAGUGGUGGUUGACAUUCAUUGGCUGAAAGUGUGAGCUGACUGCGCUCAUCCAAUGACUGUCAUUCUGUGCAAUGAAAAUUGCACAGAAUUGACAUUAGCUGGUCCGGGACUCUAAUUCCGCAUUGGCUUAUGACACCCCAGUGAUGCUGCCAGAGAUAGAGGUAGAGGUACAGCAUUUCAGUGCGAAAAGCUGCACAUACAGACUGCAGGUAUCAUUUCAAAUCACUCAAGUGGUCGUGAUGACCACUGUUGGGGCUGCAGCAAAAAAAAAGAUACAAUAUUUAUUGGGGCAAAAUACCAAAACUGUAAAUAUGUUUACUAGAGUUAGAAAUGUAUAAAAGGCAAAACAAAAAAUCAAAUGUGAUGGGAAUGGUCAAAAGUGGUGAUUUUAUUGUUUGUAUUUCAGUGUCGUUUUUGCUGCCCUUUAGGGGUUGUUAAAAGCACCUUGCCAUAUCCAAGUGGGAAUACAUUCUCUUCCUCCUUUGUGCAUUUAGCAGCCCCUAUAGAGAAUACAGGUCAGGCUGGUAAAAUCAUCUCCACGGCAGGAUUGGAAAUAUGUCAUGGAAAUGGAAGGGAAUAUUACAAUGCUAUACAGAGGAUGGGGGUGACUGAGUCAAUUUCUUUCAUUAUGACUACACUGAUUGCAAGCUAAAGAUAUUGUUUUAUGUACCCUCACCACAGUAGCAUCACAGAACUUGGUAUUUAGGAGCGGUGAAUGGUAAAAUAACCAAAUCACUGUUAAAGGGUCACUCCAAGCACAGUGGGCUGUAGUGGUAAUGAUACCAGGUGUACCCUGGCAUGGUUCCCGGGUAAAGGAGCAAACCUAGUAAUGGUUUGCCUUCUUACGCGGGUCCACGCAGGUCCUUGCUGCUGUAGUGACAUACUUCUCUAUUCUGCAGAAGCUGGAAGCCAAUCCAUUCGCCAUUCAUGGCUGAGAGUCUCAGCUAAUCCAGUCAGCCAAUUAAUUGCACACUAAGCAAAAUAAAAAUGCACAGAAUUGACAUUAGUUAGCCUGUAACACCCGUAUAACUCUGGCAGAGUUUGAGUUACACAUUCAGCAUCCAAUGGAUGAAACUCUGUAUGUUAAGGAUUUCACAGCGAGACUCUAGGUGAGUGAUAGCGAACCUAUGGCACGCGUGGCACGCCGGGCCCUUUCUGUGGGCAUGCGGCCAUAGGUUCGCCAUCAAUGCAGAGUAGGCACCUGCCUGCCCAAAACAGCCCAGCAUCCUUCCCCACCUCUACCCCCCAUACACAGCACCCCUACCCCCCACACACAGCAGCCCUACCCCCCCACACAGCACCCCCACAACACACACAGCAGCCCUACCCCCCACAGCACAGCAGCCUUACCCCCACACAACACCCCUCAUACACACACACAGCACCCCUCAUACACACACACACACACACCCCUCAUACACACACACACACCCCUCAUACACACACACAGCACCCCCUCAUACACACACACACACACACACCCCCACACACACACACACACACACAGCCCCUCAUACACACACACACACACACACACAGCACCCUCAUACACACACACACACACACACACACACAGCACCCUCAUACACACACACACACACACAGCACCCCUCAUACACACACACACACACACAGCACCCCUCAUACACACACACACACACACACACACAGCACCACACACAGCACCCCUCAUACACACACACACACACACACACACACACAGCACCCCUCAUACACACACACACACACACACACACACACACACACACAGCACCCCUCAUACACACACACACAGCACCCCUCAAUGCAGUAUGUGUGUGUAUUCAGCAGUCUGUGUGUGUGUGUAUUCAGCAGUCUGUGUGUGUGUGUAUUCAGCAGUCUGUGUGUGUGUGUGCGUGUAAUCAGCAGUGUGUGUAUUCAGCGGACUGUGUGUGUGUAUUCAGCGGACUGUGUGUGUGUAUUCAGCGGACUGUGUGUGUGUAUUCAGCGGUGUGUGUGUGUGUGUGUGUACUCAGCAGUGUCUGUGUGUGUGUACUCAGCAGUCUGUCUGUAUGUGUAUUCAGCAGUGUCUGUGUGUGUGUGUAUUCAUCAGUCUCUGUAUUCAGCAGUCUUGUGUGUAUGUAUUGCAUUUGUUGGAGAUACUAAUAAAUAUAAACUUAAUUUUAUCGAUUUAUAUCAUUAUUUAAAAUUUGUAUCAUUGAACUCUCUGUUGUUGUGAUCUUUUAAAACAAAAGUUGUUAAUUAGUUCGGACAACAGUACAAGUUGUUUUUUCUAAACUUAAACCUCAGUAUUGAGGUUUAAUUGCCGUGUUGGCACUUUAAGGGAAAAAAAAGUUGCCAUGUAUUGCGGUUUUUGCACUCGGGCUCAAAAAGGCUCGCCAUCACUGCUCUAGGUACAAUGACCACUUCAUAUCACUGAACUAGCCAUGGUGCUUGGAUAUCCCUUUAAUGCCUUUUUUCAGUUAAGGCAUAAUUAGACAACAGUAGCAGUGUGACCAUAUUCAGCAGUUUUCCUCAUCCCAGUGGUUUCAUUAAAGUAAUUUCAGGGCUCCAUUAGUGUUAAUCUCUACAGCCUUUUGAGAUAAGUCUUGGACCCUGGGGCGUUAAAUGGCUUUUUAGUUGACGGAAAUUGCAAUAUGACAAACCUAUUUACUAAAACACCUAGUAAUUGUGAGGAGUGGAGGUGACGGUGAAUAUUGAGUAUUUUGUUCAAUGAAAAAUUGUAAAUAGUAUGAUCAACACUGCAACAUGUAUAAGCUAACUUCUGCCCUGCCAUUGUUCAUUCUGUUUAUUAUAGCUGAAGCAAUAUUCAGCGUUGUACUAUUUAUUAGUUUUAGUAGUUAUAUUUAUUAUUUUUCAUGAAUGAGACUGCUCACUCACCUCGCAUCCCAGAAACUCUACUGGCUAAGACAUUUCAGCUACCUACUGGUCCCUAUAUAUAUAUUUCUUUAUACAACUCCAAUAUGAUGUGAGGAUUGGAGACCAUAACAGAGUAACUGAAAAGGGUAAAUAGUGUAAACUCCGUACAGGGAUUCUUCUGGAAUAACCUUCAUACACUUUUCUAGUAAACAGAAUUCUGAUCAAUUCCAAGUUCUGCAAUGUUAAGGUGUUCAGUGAGUUACAUUGACAUGACAUGGACAGUAGGGGGUUGGAAGAAUGUGAUUAAAGACCUAUCCUAUGCUCCAAAACAAGGUUUUAAUUUCCCUCAGAUCUUGCAGUACAGCGUGUUUCUAUCUCCGGCUAUGUUAACUGAACUUUAAUCACACACAAGGCUCUUGCGGGCUCUAGCAGAUAAUUACCAGAGCAAGAGAUACAAAAUGUAAAAAUAAACAGAAUUUAAACUGAUUACAGAAUUAAACGGACACAAAUUUUUGUCCCAUUUUUUUACUGGGGGUGUGGGGGUGAAGGAAGGUGGGUUUCAACCCCCCCUCCAGAAAAACAAUCUUAGUGUUUCUAAACUACUGCAAAUAAAUGUCCCAAGUGCCUCAUUGGACGUGUCACUGCCUGCAAUGCUUUGGUCUUUUUAUUGUUGAUACAGAACAAAGUGCUCUAUUUGAACCCGUUUUAAAAAUCGAAAUUUGUUUUUCUGAUAGUCUUCUCACUGUUGCCCAUCACUCCGUUUCAUUCUUUCUUUCUCCUCAAUAUUUUAUCCCUGCAUGAAAGUCAGCACAAACUGUGAAUUUUAUAAUGACGACAUUCAUAUUCACAGCUACUGCCAACUUUAUAUUAAUUUGGGUGAUACUUUCAUCGUAUUGUGAAGUGACAGUUAAAGGGGCAAUCCACAUACCUAAAACACAAUUGGCUCUCAGAAUGCUAUAUGUGUGAAGAGUGUCUUUUUUUUAUUUAUUUUAUUUUUUUCAUUUUACAAAAUUGCAGAUUUUAAUAGAAAUUUUCAUUUUUAUAAAUUAACCUUAUUAUAACCCCAUGGCAGACAUCUAAGUCUGCAUGCAUGCUCUGGGUGUGCCCCUAGUCCUUUUUGUUUGAACUAUUCCUACUGCUUCUGGGUUGUUUAGCUCAGAAGAGUUAAACUCAUUAGGCUGCAGUUGCCCAGUGCAUUGAGCUGCAUUUGGGAAGCCUGUGAUUGGACAGCCAUUCAUUUGAGCUCUUGAGUGUUCUUUUAAAGCUACAAUGCCGAGGUUUGGUUAAAAAUAUGUUGUGAUUAAUAAAAGCACAGUUUUGCAGCAAUGAGAUGGAUGAUUCCAAAAUGAGGGCAUUAGAAAUUUGUCCAAGAAUGUAAUAUGGGCUCCUUAAAGGACCAAUAUAGUGCCAGGAAAACAUACUCAUUUUCCUGGCACUAUAGUGCCCUGAGGGUGCCCCCACCCUCAGAGACCCCCUCCCGCCCUGCUCUGGCAGGGGGAAAGGGGGAAAAACUUACCUUUUUCCAGCGCUGGGCGGGGAGCUCUCCUCUGAUCCUCUUUCUCUCCUCCCUGUCGGCUGAAUGCGCACGCGCGGCAAGAGCUGCGCGCGCAUUCAGCCGGUCGCAUAGGAAAGCAUUAUCAAUGCUUUCCUAUGGACGCUGGCGUGCUCUCGCUGUGAUUUUCACAGUGAGAAGCACGCAAGCGCCUCUAGCGGCUGUCAAUGAGACAGCAACUAGAGGGAAUGGGGGAAGGCUUAACCCAUUCCUAAACAUAGCAGUUUCUCUGAAACUGCUAUGUUUAUAAAAAAAAUGGGUUAACCCUAGCUGGACUUGGCACCCAGACCACUUCAUUAAGCUGAAGUGGUCUGGGUGCCUAGAGUGGUCCUUUAAGAUUUCAUUUACAAACCAUUGGUGGAUCAGAGAGGCCAAAACAGUGCAGUAUUUCAAGGCAGGAACUUGCUUAAUAUAUAAAAUUAUCAAAAUCUUGUAAAAAUAAACAAAAAAUAUAUGUAUUCUGUACUAUACUGUGUGUGUGUGUAAUAUCCAUUAGUCUUUGGUAUACUUAUUUAUGUGUGUGUAUUUCUUUUACAGUUCAAAAGAAUGCUCAACCGAGAGCUGACCCACUUAUCAGAAAUGAGCCGAUCUGGCAAUCAGGUCUCGGAAUACAUCUCCAACACCUUUUUAGGUAAGGAUCUGUCUUUUUGUCAAAUGAACCCUACCUGCUCAUUGUGUAAAGGAUCACGUGGUGGUAAGCUUGGACAAUUUAGCCUCCCACAUGUCAGCUUGUUACAUAAGCUGAGCUGGGACGUAGUCACUGAAGACACAUGUAGGUGAUUAUUCAGACUAUUUCGAAGCUCAUUCUGUUUUGCCUAAUUGGCCUCACAGUUAUCCCCAAUGUAUUGCUGUGUUUGCAGGUUGCUGUGCAGAGCCUUCAUAACCAGGACACUAGAUCCUUGUCACCAAUUAACUGUUCCAGGUCCACAGGGAUUUUUGAAAGCAGCUAACCACAUUAGCUCAGUUCAUCUUGAUUGUAUUUAGGAAGCAAUUCAUUAUUCUCUUUGCUGUAAUACUUUUAAAAUAAUUUAGUGUAGACAAAUCUAAAAAUUUAAAAAUUUAAAUCUGCCUUCUAAAGCGUCACAGAACGGGUUUCACAUGUAGAUUAACUUUUCCCAGUGAUCCUUUGCUUUGCAAAAAUUCUACUGUUUCUUUUGGUUUUGUCAUUUUGGCAAAACCGAUUUUAAUCUUUGACUCUAGGGAAUCACAACUUGGACAUCUGGCGUGUGGAAAUCCUGGAGAAGAGCAGACCAAGUAUAUUCAUGCAGCAUCCCUGUAUCAGAGCUGUGGAAUAUUAGUGUUAAUAGAUCCGCAUGAAAUAAUAGUCACAUGUUAAUGAAGUGGUGUGUCCAAAUUUCCCACAUUUCAGUAAAACACUCCAGCACACACUUGCAAUGGAUGCACGGUUUAUCGGUGUCAGAAACAGGGCCCAAAACCAGCACAACAAAAUUUAAGUCCACAGAUCUUCCUUUAGCUUGGCUGAAUGCAGCACUGUUCUGCUUUUUCUGGAUCUCGUGCAAAAAUUGUGAACUGUGUAUCCCUUGUAGAGUCUGUUUGCUGGCAUUUUUAGACUUUAAGGGGUGAUUACAGUAUAUUAAGAAUACAUGCGUAAUUUACUAUGACCACAAACAAAUCAACGUUCCCUCCAAAAAGAAAAACUGCAACUCUAGAAUUAGAGACUUUAUCAUAUUUUUCUUUUAUGAGCCUUUGUACUACUUUAAAAACAUAUGGUACACUCUAGGUGUGUUUAUGUAGUAGACACUCAAGCAUUUGUCCUGAUAAUACGUGAAAACUUGCAUGUAUCCUGACUCAGGAUUCCCAAUUGGCUCCUAUAUUAUUUUAGUGGCUGUCUAGUAGUUGGAACAGGUAUCAACUAUCCAUUAGAACCCUAUCUAACUACACACAAUGCAAUUCUUACUGUAGCAGCCUUGCCUGAUUCUACAGAGACCCUUCUGACACUGGGAAAAGCCUGAUGAAGGUGUUUUGAAGAAUGUACUUGUUAUAUAUUCUAUUUGAAGAGUGGGUCACUGAUCUAAUUUUAGAACUAUUGAACGAGUUGCUCUUCUGAUGCCAUGCACAUAAUCUGAAUCCAUCUCCAAAAUGAUUAAGAACCACUGGUCUAGAGAAUGCACUGUAUAACUAUGAACAAUGAAUUGCUGACUUUCUAAAUGAAUUCUAAAGUAUGAAGUAUUAAUACCCUGCCCUGUACACCUAGCUCAGUAUGGAUUGUAUUCCCACAAACCACCCAAAAUGCAAUGCAAAAUCUGAAAAAGAGGACAAGUGGCAUUGCCUCAGAUAUUUGUGUAAGCAACAUGCUACACAUAAAUAUAUAUAUGUAUAUGUAUGUAUGUUGAUUCUUCAGCCAAAAGCUCAGGUUAGUGUAUGUAUGUAUAUGUAUGUAUACAUGUCCUGAUGACUGUAAGUAUCACGUUGACUGUGAUUUUUAUUGAAGGUAAAUAAAAGUUAAAUUUUAGAUAAGUCCUUGGAGUGCUAUCUUUUGCAACUUUUGUAUAUAUAUAUCACCCCAUCAGGGAUGACAUAUUUGUAUGUCUAAACUGUUGCUUUUAAGGGAAAUUAAUAUAUGCAAGUCUAUAUUUUCCAUUAUCCAAAUGGAAGGCCGAGCCCAAGGCGAUUAUUAUCCACACAUUCUGUGGUGUCAGCCGCGAUUUAGAUCCUAGAUUGUAUGGUAAUUAUUUAUACCAAGUAUGUAAUUACCGUAUAUACUCGAGUAUAAGUCGAGACCCCUAAUUUUACCCCAAAAGACUGGGAAAACAUAUUGAGUCGAGUAUAAGACUAGGGUGGGAAAUGCAACAGCUACUGGUAAAUUUCUAAAUAAAAUUAGAUCCCCCAAAAAUUAUAUUAAUUGAAUAUUUAUUUACAGUGUGUGUUUAUAAUGCAUGCAGUGUGUGUGUGUUUGUAUGAAUGCAGUGUGUGUGUAUAUAUAAUGCGAAGUGUGUGUGUGUAUGAAUGCGGUGUGUAUGAAUGCGGUGUGUGUGUGUGUGUGUAUGAAUGCGGUGUGUGUGUGUGUGUGUGUGUGUGUGUAUGAAUGGGGUGUGUGUGUGUGUGUGUGUGUAUGAAUCUUGGGUGUGUGUGUGUAUGAAUCACGGUGUGUGUGUGUGUGUCUUGUGGUCGGUGUGUGUGUGUGUGUGUGCGUGAAUGCGAUUGUGUGUGUGUGUCGUGGUCGCGGUGUGUGUGUGUGUGUGUGAAUGCGGUGUGUGUGCAUGAAUCUUGGUGUGUGUGCAUGAAUGCGGUGGGUGUGUGUGCAUGAAUGCGGUGGGUGUGUGUAUGAAUGCGGUGGGUGUGUGUGUGUGAUGCAGAGCUUGGUGGGGGGGUGGGCAUUUUUAUUGAUUUUUUUUAAUAAUUGUUAUUUUUAAUAUUAUUUUGUUAUAUUAUUAUUUUAUUUGUAUUUUAUUAUUUUUUUAAUAUUAAUAUUUUAUUUGUAUUUUGAUUUUGAUACAUGGGGGCUCUCAUUCCCUGGUGGUCCAGUGGAUGGGCUGUGUAGGAGGGGGGCUGGCAGAGAGCUGUAACUUAACUUUCCUGCAGCUCCCUUCUCUCUCCUCCGGUCCGGUCAGCUCCCCUGUAAGUCUCGUGGUGUGACUGCCGCUCGGAGCGUUGACACGGUAACCCGUGGCAAUGCUCUGACCCCGCGACUCUCGCGAGACUUACAGUGGAGCUGACAGGGGAGCUGACUAGACCGGAGGAAAGAGACGGGAACUGACAGGAGCUGCAGGAAAGGUAAGUUACAGCUCGCUGCCAGCCCCCAACAAGACCGCCGGCCUUGUAAUGAGCCCGGCGGUCCUGGUCUGUAUUAUGGCAAUGUAAGUUGCCAUAAUACAGACAGUUAAAACAGUAAAGAAUGGUGAGAGCACAGAGAAACAGUAAUUACCCUUAUAUCCAAUAUAAAACCUGUAAAAAACCAAUGGGAAAAACAGGCAUAGGGUAAUAACGUACAAAUAAUAUAUGUAUGAGUAAAUACUUGAAUAAACUCACAUAUUCAUGAGCCACUUAAUAUGGAAGCUGGCUCAGACUAGGAACAUUGAAUGGAUUAGUGAGGUGGUCGUUGUAAUCCAACUGCUUAAUUGCUUGCUCCUUCUUGCUUUACAAAAUCCAGGAUGCAGGAUCUUUAAUGAAAACCUUUAUUCGGUAUAGCAUCAAAAAAAGACAGCAGCAGUAAAAGUUAAAAUUCAGCAAUUCCACCUCUGCACACUAACGCGUUUCAGCCAAAGCCUUUAUCAAAGUGUGAGUCCAUUCAGUCUGUUCCGUGUUUAAAUAGGAAACUUUUUGUGCCUUUCUUCCGUUCAGAAAUAAGCCCCCCCCCCCCCCGGUUUUUUUUUAUACGCAACUUUAUUGGGCAUCCUAGCGUCCUUAACGAUCUCAAUUUACUUCCGUGUUCAUUGAAGAAAAGAACAGCGAACUAUUCCAUUCACUUAGUCUUUCAUGUUGCAAUGAUCAGAGUCCUAUUAGCAACAUACUUCAUGCAUAUUGUCAAUAACAUUGAAACCAAUAUUAUAGUCAGAUAUUAUUAUUCCAAUACGUGGAAUAUUAGCAACAGUUAAACUCUCUCUUUCUCAGAAAAAGGAUUAAAAAAGGUAAAAGAGAGGCAAAAGAAGAGGGAAUAAAUUUAAAAGGGAAAUAAAAGAUCGAAGCAAGCUAAAAAAGAAGGACUAGAAACUAUCCCAUUCAUUUUUUAUUUUAAUUCUAACAACCGCGCUUUACGUAAAAUUAUUGAUAAAAAUUGGCAUGUUUUAAAGUUAGAUGAUGAGUUACGCCCACUAAUAGGGGAAAAAGCAAAAUUAAUUUUUAGAGGAGCUAGAAAUUUCAAGCAAAUUUUAACUAGCAGCUUCCAAGAGAAAGAAAAGAAUGAAUGUUCCAAUAACUUAUAAAAAGAACAGAAAGGAUUCUUCUAUUGUGGAAAUUGUAGAGGGUGUAAAGUAAGAGCUGGGAAAAAUAGAAGAAUUUUUAAAUUCAUUUCUUUUAAUAAUAAAACAGAAUAUGAAAUCAAACACGUGCAAUACUGCUGAUGUUAUUUAUAUGAUAACAUGCCCCUGCGGGUUACAAUAUGUAGGGAAAACGUCUCGUUCGUUAAAAAUACGAAUUAGGGAGCAUAUAUACAACAUCAGGAGAAGAUUCUCUAACCAUUGUUUAUCUAAACAUUUUUUGGAAUAUCAUGAUGGAGACCCAGCAGGCCUGGAUUUUUUUGAAAUAGAUCAUAUUAAAAUACACUGGAGAGGGGGUGAUAAGGAUAAUCUUUUAAGUAAAAAUGAGAUGAAAUGGAUUUUUAAUUUGGAUACACUUACACCGGGGGGAUUAAACGUAGAUUUUGAAAUUAAUACUUAUAUUUAACCAUAAUUAUUUAUUAAAUCUAUUAGAGAUCAUUUUAGGUUGUUUUAUAUUAAUAAGAUAUGUUUUAAUUCCAAUUUUAGUAAUACUGAUUAAUAUUUUAUAAAUAUUGAUUAUAAUAAGUGUAUUUUAAGUAUAAUGCAUUCUCCCGAUAUACCUUUAAAUGUAAAUAAGAUUUUUUUCUAUUUCGAUCUUUUAUUUCCCUUUUAAAUUUAUUCCCUCUUCUUUUGCCUCUCUCUUACCUUUUUUAAUCCUUUUUUUGAGAAAGAGAGAGUUUAACUGUUGCUAAUAUUCCACGUAUUGGAAUAAUAAUAUCUGACUAUAAUAUUGGCUUCAAUGUUAUUGACAAUAUGUAUGAAGUAUGUUGCUAAUAGGACUCUGAUCAUUGCAACAUGAAAGACUGUGUAAAUGAAUGGACUAGUUCGCUGUUCUUUUCUUCAAUGAACACGGAAGUAAAUUGAGAUUGUUAAGGACGCUAGGAUGCCCAAUAAAGUUGCGUAUAUAAAAAAAAAAAUUAAAAAGGGGGAGGAGUUUAUUUCUGAACGGAAGAAAGGCGCGAAAAGUUUCCUAUUUAAACACGGAACAGACUGAAUGGACUCACACUUUGAUAAAGGCUUUGGCUGAAACGCGUUAGUGUGCAGAGGUGGAAUUGCUGAAUUUUAACUUUUACUGCUGCUGUCUUUUUUUUGCUGCUAUACCGAAUAAAGGUUUUCAUUAAAGAUCCUGCAUCCUGGAUUUUGUAAAGCAAGAAGGAGCAAGCAAUUAAGCAGUUGGAUUACAACGACCACCUCACUAAUCCAUUCAAUGUUCCUAGUCUGAGCCAGCUUCCAUAUUAAGUGGCUCAUGAAUAUGUGAGUUUAUUCAAGUAUUUACUCAUACAUAUAUUAUUUGUACGUUAUUACCCUAUGCCUGUUUUUCCCAUUGUGUUUUUACAGGUUUUAUAUUGGAUAUAAGGGUAAUUACUGUUUAUCUGUGCUCUCACCAUUCUUUACUAUUAUAACCAUUUAUUUAUGUGAGGUGGAGUGACCCACAUUGCUGGUGAUUGUAGCACUUUGUUUUAUAUUGGUUUUUUUCACCAUAUAUACACUUAUUUCAUUAUAACACAGACAGGGACUCGAGUAUAAGUCGAGUGGGGGUUUUUCAGCACAAAAAAUGUGCUGAAAAACUUGUCUUCUACUUUAGUAUAUACGGUAGGUCUCCAACGCAGUACAGGUGUUUAGAAUCUUCUCAAACUGACAUAUGUGGAUUUUCUAUAGCACGAAGAGCUAUACCAAUCUUUAUAAGGGACCAACAUAUGAAAUACCAAGAAGCUGACAUAUUAACUUAUGUUUAUGUGAGGAGUCACCUUUAUUCACUAAAUUGUAGGGAAUUCAAAGUGAAUUUUUGAUUUUAGCCUAAAAUAGUCAAUUUGUAAGCAUAGGAUACUCCCUUACAAAUUGACUAUUUUAGGCUAAAAUCGAAAAUUCACUUUGAAUUCCCUACAAUUUAGUGAAUAACAUAAACGUAUUAUCAGUAACAAUACUGAAAUGUUGAGCUGCCUAUUUUUCAAGAUAUACGGUUUAUCGUGUUUACUCACUCAACCAUGAUUUGACAACAUGAUUGAGAAAUGUAGAAAUAAGUCUAAUUUUACAUUUUAAGUUUGCAGUUCCGUUAAGAAUUCACCAUUGUGUACUGGGUAGCUAGCAAACCUAUUUUUGAGAGUAUUGCGCUGUUUUUUUUGUUUUGUUUUGUUUUUGGGAAGAUCCCUCCUAUUGCAUUCAGGAUGUUUCCCCCAUAUAAUAAAUGUUUGAUAAAAUAACAAUAUUCUGUUAUUAUAAGAAAGAUUCUUCCUUUUCUCUGCGUGAAGGUGACCCAUUAUUAUUUAUUUUUGCAUGAAUAGGCUUUGCUGUAUAAUCCCUUGUUCUUGUGCGUUGAUGGCUAAAGUCUUUUUUUGUUCUUGGGAAACAUGGGAAAAGCCCAUGGAGCAUAAUGACCCAAGUGGAAUCUGUCAGGCAUUUUCCUGCCUCUGGCUGAGCUGCUCUGACAGUCCUGCUUAGGGUUUCCCAUUCUGAUUUGUCUGAAGUAUUUGCGCCUGACUGAAAAUGUAAAUAUCCAGAGGGGAACAGCAGCCUACAUUCUCUAUCCUGUCCAGAUGUUGCACCCAAGGAAAGAGGCUUCCCCUCCCCUACCCUUUCUGCGCUUUCACUGUUUUGUGGUACAAUGGGGUCUAUUCACUAAAUGCUUGAUGUUUCCUUCAGGAUAUUCUUACGCACUGUUAGAUUGAUUUGGGAGCUAGAGGCUCCCAUCUCCUAAAUUGAUCCUUUUUUUUUUUUUUUCAUUAGGCCAUACAUUUACUUGGCAGUUUCUGUAUAUUUAAGGUGUAGUAAGUGAAAAAUAAAUGUGUGUGUGUGUGUAUAUCUAUGCAAAAUAACCAAAAUUAGUAUCUGGUUUUAUUGGACUAACAACAUUUUGGAAUGACAAGCCUUUGAGAGAUCCUCCCUUUAUCAAGUUUUUCAAAAUACUAAUUUCAUCUGUUCUUUUACGUCUCCAUCACUGGGCGAAUACAGCAAAGAUUGUAUCUCUUUCUCUCUCUCUCUCUCUCUCUCAAUAAACACAUUGUGUCUGUGUAUAUGUAUUAUAACUGUUACAUAUAACCAAAUAAUAAAAAUAUUUAAUAAAUUAUACGGUACCUCCGUGCUCUGUCUUUCACACUGUGGACUAGAUUCUGGUACAAUAGCUAGACUUCGUUCUGGUAACUUAAUAGCAGUUCUCUAUAGGGGAAUUGCUAUUCAUUUUCCAGCUAGAUUUUUUUUUUUCUUUUUUCUUUUAACUGAAUCUUACCCCUUUCCGUCUCUAGAUAAGCAACAUGAAGUGGAGAUGCCAACACAGGCCCAGAAGGAAAAAGACAAGAAGAAGAGACCCAUGUCUCAGAUCAGUGGGGUAAAAAAACUAAUGCACAGUUCCAGUUUGACAAAUUCAAGUAUCCCAAGGUUUGGAGUGAAAAGUGAAGAGGAGGACGCUUUAGCCAAGGUGAGAAACCAGUCUGUAUAAUUACCAGCCGAGAUCCGUGUUCCCUCUAAACGUAGCACUGAAAUAAUUUUAAAGCCAUAUAAAAAUAUCCUACAUUAUUUUAGAAGCACUGUUAAAUUUUAACGCUAUCGUUUUAUUGACUAGAUUUUUUUUAAACCAUCAAGUUUCAUGGUGGUGCUAUUUUUUUAAUGUUUUUAAGUUGUCAACAAAAUCAGGCUCAUAUUACUAAUUGAUAGUGCUAGCACAAUCCCCUCUAAAUGUAUCUGUACUAUGUCAACACGCUAAAAAAAAUAGAAGUAUGGCCUGAACCGUUACUUUCUAGUAUUUGAAACGGAUUCUUGGAACAUUCAGUGAACGCUUAACCUGACAUCUCAUUGCUUCUCCUCUUGGUUUUUAAUGCUGAUGGUUUGUAUCUCUGUGGAAAUGUUUUCAAUGACUGCUGAAUAACCUCUUGGAACAGGAGUACCUGUUUUCUCCAGGCAUUAGUCCAGCUUAUAAAACAGUGCAAUGUGCUAUAAUCAUAUACCCUCUACAAAAAACAAUUUUUAUUAAAGGUUUAAGUUUGCAGUAGUUACUUCUAGGCAUUCAUUUUCAAGUAAUCUCCAGCCCAACCAAAUGGAUUAAGUGUUUUGUGUCUUAUUACACAUUUUAUGAUCUAACGCCAUGAUAACACAUUACUAUGAUUUAUAGUUAUCUCUGUAAAACGCUAAGAAUGUGCUUGUAUUUCUAUAGUCUAAAAUAAUUCGGCUUCUGCCAGGAAAAUGUAAUUUGGUUCAUAAAUUAAAAGGAAAAUUCCUUUCUGUAAAGAUUUCAAACUAUGUGUACACUACACAGUGUAUCCUAGAAUGCGCAAUACACCUACAUGCCAGUCCGCUGAGCAUGGUCUCAUAACAAAAAUGAGAACAUAUAUCCAACGGCAGUAAAUCCAUAAUCAGUAUCUCAAGGCAUUUUAACUUUGGCACCCUUAGUGGCAACUUGUAGAAUUGAAGGUAAAUUAUUUAUAAACACUGAUUUACAGCUAGAGAGGGCUCUGACGAACAGCACGAGCUGAAGAAAGUAUUUGCUUUUGUGAAUUAACAGCUCCCUAAACCCAUCCCCCAUCCAGAAUUUGUUAAAAUUAAAAUAAAAUAUUUAAAAUAAAAUAUAACACUGGCCAUUAUGUUAGUGUUAUAUGGACUUGGGCAUUUUCUCUUCGUUAAUGAUGCACACAGCUAUAGGAAAGCACAUCUAUUUUUGUUAAUAUCUGUAUUUUUGCCAAAGCAGCUUUCAGUAAUUGCAGUACGGUAAUUAAUUCAAGGCAUCCUCCCACACACCGUAUGUGACUUGAAAUACCAAGUUAGCAAGCAGUGAUGAUUUUAUGUAUGUAUUGCUGUAUAAAAAAGACAGAACUCUUGCUGUAUCUUAGUGAUGUUUUCUAAGCCUGUUGUGUGAAUUUUCUUUUUUUAUGAAACAUUCUGAAACAAUUUAUUCUUUCUAGGAACUUGAAGAUGUAAACAAAUGGGGCCUUAAUGUUUUUAAAUUAGCCGAGUUUUCUGGAAACAGACCUCUCACAGUCGUCAUGCACACUAUAUUUCAGGUUUGAUUGCAUUUUAUGUAUUCUCAAUUUUGUGUGAUUGUUUGUGCGAGUUCCUAGUUGGAGUACACAUUUUAAUGGACUCAACAUAAAUUGUCACUUGUGAUUAAAUUAUGUGUAGUCAUUCUUGGUUUAAGGAGGAAAUUGCAUACAUCCUAUUAAUGGGGAUCUUACCACCACUGCUGAUCUCAUUACCGUUUACCUUCAAACACUAGGAGACACAGCUGAAUUAAUUAUCUAAAUGUGAUUUGAUUUACCACAAAACUAUACAACAGUAGCUUUGCGUUUAAACGUAAACAAUCUUAUUCUUGCUUGAUAUAAACCGUUAGUCUGAUAAUUUCUAAUGGUUUUUAGUAAGUAAAAGCAGGCUUAUUGAGUUGGCUGAGGUAUGCCCUGUUAUAUCGUAGCCGCAGAGGUAAUCAACUUUCGGCACUGCAGUUGUUGUGGACUCCUCCCAUAAUGCUCUUACAGCCAUAAUGCUGGCAGAGCAUGAGAGGAGAUUUAGUCCACAACAUCUGGACUAUACCUCCUGAAGGUUCGCUAAAGGUUGAGCCUUUUUGCUCCUAAAUUAAGAUUGGAUACAUAUAGUUUGAUAUAAACUGGUAUAGAUAGAUGUAUAGACAUUUAAUCAUAUACAAGGUAAAGUCAAAUGCCUAAUCAUUUAUCAGCAUGUAACGUAAUAUCGCGUGUAGCUGUCUAGGAGAGUUGACUGUGAUGAUACAUGGAUAUGUUGCAGAGAAAAGUAAGAUGAUGACCUUUCGUCGUUGUUCCACCCCGAUUUUUUGCUACUGUAGCAUUCACUAUGGCAAGGAGCUCAGUGUAGGUGUGCAUGAGAAACAAAGGUUCCUCUAUACUUAAAGUAGAUUAUCAAUGGAAUAGGAAAAAGUAUCCUGUUAAUCUAAAGUUGUACAUGUUUUGUGUUUCACUUAUCAAUUUUCUUUAUUUUAAAUACAGGAACGAGAUUUGUUGAAGACCUUUAAAAUUCCAGUAGACACUUUAGUUACAUAUUUAAUGACGCUAGAAGAUCACUAUCAUGCAGAUGUGGCUUAUCAUAAUAAUAUACAUGCCGCUGAUGUUGCACAGUCUACCCAUGUGUUGCUAUCGACCCCAGCUUUGGAGGUAAUGUAUUAAUAAAAUGAUAAAUGUUAUUCUUUGUUCAUAGUGCUUAUGUUAUACUGUAAUAACUGCAGAGAAUGUAGACAUGGUCAUUCUGUUUUGGGUUAAUCACAUUUUGCAAUCCUUGAUAAAUUUGCUUAGCUGACAUAUGAUGGGUGAUAUGAUUCAUAGAAUCCCCCUCCUAUAUGUAGCACAAGAUGAUCACAGUUCGUGGCAGUGAUGUUAACCACAGUCGCAGUCUAAUUUAAAUGAGGGCUAACUGUCUUGUUACAGUAAAUGGAAUACUCUAAACUCUGAGUAUAUUACUUUGUAUUGGUUGGCUAUUGUUUGGGGUUGCCUUCCUGCCCUUGUUAUUGUCCAAAAUAAUUAAGAUUUUAGUAUAAGGACACCUGAUCAAUUCAGUCUUGUCAACUGCUUUUUUUGGUGUGUGUGUGUGUGUGUGUUGCGUUUUAGUUUUCUGAAAAACCAAAACCGGUGGUAAUGCAGUGAUGAUUAGUCAGACUCCUUCUACUCCCAAGUCCUUUACACAUGAUAGUACUUGGAUUCAAAUAGAUGGGUUCUGGGAAAGGGUCUUUAACAGCAUCUAUUUCCAUGUAAUUUAAUAAAAUAGACCGUAAUAAAGCCACUUACUAAGGUGGAUGGGGGGAAUUGGGAUGUUUUUGGUUGUAUUUAUUUCUUUUUUUUAAAUGUAAUCUUUUAUAUGUAUAUAAUAUGUAAUAUAGCUUUUGAGGAAUUGUUUUCUCUUUUUUAUAUUCAUUUGACUUUAAAUUAGUAUAUUGUUUUGCUAAUGUAAAUCUUAGCCCUUUUUUUCUUGGUAACAGAGAAGUCAUAAAAUUAUGUUAAGUUGGUGUUGUCCUAUAAAAGGGGCACGCCAAGUAUCAGAACCGCUACAGUUUAUUGCAAAGGUUAUGAUACAGUUCUGUUUCUAAUGCAAAUUGCAUGGAGACAGAAUUAACAAAACACGUAAGUUCUGAUUGCUUUCUGUGUUACUCCCUUCCAUGUGAGCUAAUAACUUAAUAUUUUGUGUAAUAUUAUUAUACUCUUACAGGCAGUCUUCACCGAUUUGGAAAUUCUUGCUGCAAUUUUUGCUAGUGCAAUACACGAUGUUGAUCAUCCGGGAGUUUCAAACCAGUUCCUUAUCAACACAAGUAAGUGGUUACAACAAAUACUGUUUAUUUUAUAAAAGAAUGUAUUUUCUGAUUGAAAUAUUAACUAGUAUAUUAAGUAUUUAUCACUAAACCUGGAAGUGUGAGAAAUUGACGAGGGUUUAAAAUGUUUUUUUAUUUUUUAUUUUUUUAUUCAUGCCUUGAAGUUCAUGCCUAUCUGUUUACUUAAGAACCAUCUCCGGUUUGGUGUGCAUGAAAUCAGGCGUUACCCUUCAAUUGCUACUUUCUAUUUUGGCAUAUGUUAAUCUCCCAAAACAUGACAAAAAAUCAGAAUUGGUAAAAUCUAUAAGCUUGUUACAGGAUUACAUAUUACACAUAAAUGUACGGCAUUUGUUAUUUUGGUGACUUAUGGCUCCCUUUCCUUUUAAAGGGACAAUACAUUGCUUAUCUUAAAUCUGGCAGCUAUGGGCAAAUUUCUCACCUCCUUGACAUUUUUUAUUUACCAUAUUAAAACUCUGGUCAAAUAGUGCAUGUGAACCAAAUGGCUUUUAAAAAAAUGUAUGAUGUAAUUUAAGACAUUUAUGUAAGCUAUUAUUAUUUUGUUGCUCUUUAAAAUUGAUGUAUGACAAAAAAAAAACUACCUAAAAAAAACCCUGCAUUUUUUUGAAUUAACGUAGACCUCCUCUCCCUAAACACUGAAAAGGGAUUGUUGACAUAUUCUACCAUGCUGCCUAUUUUCUAUAGGCAACCAUAUACAUGGAUCUAGUUAUUUCCGGUUCUGUUUGCAGAAAGUAAAGUGUGAGGAACAGUAUAUAGCACUGUAAUUAGUUUGUGUUUCCUUUACACAAAUAAUGCUUCAUUUUACCUGUAUGCUUAGUAACCAGAGGGAUACCCUAGAGUGCAAAAUCAAUGAGAUGACUCAUCUCCCAGCAAAUGGGUGGAGAAUGUCAAGGAGACAGAUAAUGUGCUCUGAAUGAUACAUUAUUAAAGACGUGCGUGAUUUAACUAGGGAAUCAACCUGAUUCAUACUUUUAUUUUGUUUAUCUUGACAUUUUCAAUGAUAAAUCAGUAGUACCUCUAUUUUUACAGUUUAAAGCGGCACUGUCAAGGCCGAAUCCCGUUUGGUUUUUUUUGGGGGGGGUGUUUAACCCCACUCACGACUCCAUUUAAUUGUCCACCUAGUUGCUCUCAAAUGCCCCUAAGCACCCAAUCUUAUCUUUAUUUUCUGCCUGGACCUAGGUCCUGGGCACCGCCAUCUUUGUGUGGGUAGAUGAAGUCCCUGUGGGACAAGUCAUCUGCCCACACUAGAUAGCGCUGUGAAAUUCCCGCGCAUGCCCAGUUAAACACUUGGGCAUGUGAACGGGAAUUUCAUCUAUUCAUUAAUUCAUCAGAAAGACGAAUAAAUAAAUAGAACAAAUGAACAAAGACCUCUUCGUUCGUUUGGUUUACUACAAGAGGGGAGCUAACGCCACACAGCUCCCUCACUGUAAUAUGUAAAAAUAGAAGUGGCAGGGAGAAGUGCUCCCAGCCACUUCCUAAGCCCUCCCAUGUACUCCCUCACUCUAUUGGGGUCAAUAUGACCCCAUAAUAGCAUAAUGCUGCUAGUAGGGUCAUGUCUAAUAAACAGUGAACAGCCAGUGUCCUCCCUCCCGGCCCCCACCCAUUGGCGGCGGGUGGGGGCUAGCCCCUAGUCACCCCCCGACCCCCCCCAAAAAAUUAAUAAAUUCCUACCUACCCCUUCUCACCCUAAAAUUAGUGAAGGGGGAACAAUAAAUACCCGUAAAUAAAACUUACCAUUUGAUGUCUUCUUUUUUUCUAAAAACCUUUUUUCAUCCCCAAAGAAAGGCCAAAUAAAAAUCCAUAAUACCCGUCGAACUUUGAAAAUAAAAUAAACCCGAGAUUUAAAAAUAUAUAUAAAUAAAUAAAUACAAUUGCAUACAAAUAUAUAAUCUUGUCAGUUGCAUUCAGUCUCAAGAAUAGGUUUAAGUGGUUCAAUUUCUGGUCUGGGUAAUAGUUUCUGGUCUGGUUGCCACAAAGGGGCUAAGGGGCUACAUAGCUCACAGCAUAAAAGAAUUGUAUUCGUAUAAUUCUAUAUGGAUUACUUUGUGGCCUAACAGGUGGUUAUUACAUUUAUGGACAACCACCGACUUGAAGAUCCCUCUUAAACCACUUUAGGAGACUGUGGGAGUUGUCUGUGACCUCAGUGAUCUCCUUCAACCUUAACUCAAAUGCAAAUGGCUUUUUGGAAGCCUUUCAACAAUGUAUCACAUUAGAAAGCCGACAUUACUGAUUGGUAUAUGUAAAGUGGUUCUCUGGCACGUUUUUGAAAAGUGAUGCGAUUUACCAUGGUAACCAACAUUCUGAUUGCUCCGUCUUAGCCAAUUUUUCCCCACAGUUGUUUUAUACACAACCUCCAUUAUUUUGUUUCUUUUUUUAGAUCUUUGAGAGCGGCUUCAGUCCUACCAUAGUGUGUAGGAUCUUGAUCUGCUUUCUCCUGUAAAACAGUAAUAGCCUCCCAUCACCCUCAGGGUAAAUCAGAGUUGCUUUGAAAUAGUCUUUGUGCGCAUUUUCUUGAUGUUUAAAGGCAGAGCAUUUAUUUGAAAUAUCACCUAUUACACUAAAUAUGUUCCUGAUUGUAUCUGAGUCAGAAUGCUCCAAAGCCUUUCUAGUUCAGACUCGUAUUACAUUUUCUUAAUUUUUGAAAAUUUAGAAGACACAAGAGGCUGUUAUGCAAUGUGCAAUCCACAGUUUGGAAAGCAUCAUGUGCCUCGUGCUUUGAUUCGGUUAAAAAUAAAUGUGCUUGAUGAUAAGUGAAUGUAAUGUCACACUGACUCAUUCCUGAGUCCUUCGACAAAGAUCUAUUACUAGUACCUUCAAUAUCCUAUGUAAAUUUUCAGAGAUGGACUGUUUUUCUGCUCUUCCUAAACCCUUCACUGAAGCAACUAGACCUAUACAGUAACUAGACCUAUACAGCAGUGUUGGGGUAUGAAAGCGUGUGAGCCAGUCAGUUUAAAUUAAAUCAUUUUCUGCAUAAAUGUAAUCACAAGAUGUGCUAUUUAGACACUAUUCCCAGAAGCAAUUGUUAGAACAUCUUCAUCUUCCAAUAUCAGUAGUCAAAACUGCUCUAGAAUUGACCUUUUUUGCCUCAAUGUGAUGUUUAUGUAGUAACACAAGUUUAAUAAUAAAAUUAAGGGGCAAGGGGUAUAUAUAAGUUCAUACAAAAGCAGUGAAGUCAUUCUAUUUUUCUAUAUUUGAUUCCAGGAGGUUCUAGAUGAGAAAGCAUAUGAUGUAAUCAUCUUAUGGUUGUAGCCUGAUCUACAGUAGUUGGGAGUUGGUUACUUAAAAUAUUUGCCAGGAGGAAAAGUUUAUUGGUUUUUGAAGAGUUGAAAUGUUUUUGACAUGGUAGCAGAUUGUUGUUACAAGUCCCUUCUUGGCUGAUUAGAUGUAUUUUGCCACCACAGAACAGGCAAUGUCCAUAACUUUGUGUCCCUCUUUUUUGAGAGCAAUGGGCAAGAGUAGCACGGGGGUAGAAAUAGAUUGACUGGCUUUGAAUCGAUUGGUGGUUCUCACAAGUUGUGGUUCUCCGCACCAGAAAUGUCAGAAAUUGCUGUCUCUAUUACUGUAUCACUGUAUUUUCAUGAAAAUACAUAGCUGUGCAUCUUACUGUUCAACUUUGAGUAGAAUUCUGUGAAAAAGGACAGAAUAUGCCACAUGUAGUUUAACUGACAGUCUGUAGCAAACGUUAUUGGUUGAGUUCAUUCAAAGCACCUGAAAUUAGAGAUUUAUCUAGAUCUACAUACAAUCAAUGCAGAUCUAUGAGGGCUUCUUGCCUUGGCCUAUAUUAAUCAUUAACUCCCAGUCUACCAAUCAGAGUCUGUGUGAUUUGGACUGUGCUGCAAAUAAUAAUGGUAGAAGAUCUUUUGUUGCAUUACUGUAGAUGGGCACCGAUUUCUCCAGCUCACCUAGUGUCUUGGAGGCCUUCCCCAAUUAAUUGCAUCAAGGUGUUGUUUAUACAGACUUGUCCAACACAAUGGCAAUUUAGCAAUCAAGUAAUUGUAUUCUAUCAUAACAUCUGCAACAUAUCUUUUUGGUGCUUAGAUUUGUAAAAACAUGUUUACUAAUCAAUAUCUCUAUUUACUUUAAGGGAAAGUCCCAUGUUUGGUAUAUGCUAAACUGCUCUCUCUCUUUUUUUUUUUUCCUACUAGAUUCAGAAUUGGCCUUGAUGUACAAUGACUCAUCUGUGCUGGAAAACCAUCAUCUAGCCGUAGGAUUCAAGUUGUUGCAAGAGGAGAACUGUGACAUUUUCCAGAACUUGACCAAAAAGCAAAGACAAUCACUAAGGAAAAUGGUUAUUGACAUUGUGAGUGAAUUUACAGAAAUAUUUUUUUUUAGUUUUUUUUAGUUUUGCAAAAUAAGUAUCAUAUACAUAUUUUGUACUGCAUUAUUGAUGAUUGGUAAACAAACAAAAAAUAGACUAAAAUCGCUUUACUCAAUAUUUUAUUUAAUAAAUCCUUUAUAUUUCUCCUCCUACUGUUUUUAAAGUGGAUUUUAUCCACCCAUCUGAGAGUCAUUGACAAGGUAAUAACAAACUAGAGUGCAAACUAGCCAUAUGGAAUAAUUCUGCAUCUCCAAAAGUCACAAUUCAGUGCAAAACCCAAAGUAUCCAUGCAAGGAGCUUCCUUUUAGCUCCACUGAGCCAAGUCCUGCCGUGUUGAGCCGGCUAAUUGGCUGAGUUCUCUUAGCCCAGCACCACUCUUAAACUGGUUUUAAACAGGUAAUUACCCAACCUAGGUCAGGCUGUAGUGGUUAUGGUACUUGGAAUGUUCCUUUAACCGACCUUAGAAAUGGGAUAUUUGCAGUUUGCAUUCGUAUUCAGCCCAUUCUUAAUCCUAAAUAUAAUUGCAAGUUAUUGCCAAACAUUUACUAUGUCAGCUCAGAUUAGCUGUGGCUGUGCUCUACAGCUUUCUCACAGGAAGGUGUGACAAAUUAAAAGGGAAAAUAGAAGCUGUUCGCCUUCACAGGAACCUUUUCUUAUGUUUUCAGAGCUCUAAUUAGUUAACACUUUAUCAGCUAGCUGAUAACUUUCCCUCACUUUAUUUGUUAACUCUUUACUGUACUGUAGAACAGGGGUUACCAACCCAGUCCUCAAGUACCCCAUAACAGUCCAGGACUUAGAGAUUACCCUGUUGUGUCUAAAGAGAUUAUUAUUAUUUUUUUCUAAAAGCACCUUAGACACAACAGGUAAUCCCUAAAUCCUGAACUGGUAUGGGGUACUUGAGGACUGGGUUGGGAAGCCCUGCUGUAGAAGACCAAAGGUUUAUUGACCGCAACUAAUCCAUUUUGCAGUGAUGUGUUUUCAUGGGUAAUGUUUUUUGGUACUUUGGUGCAGAAGAUGAUCUUUACCUCUUCCAGUAGCCAUGUGUGCCUCUUGUAUUGCAGAUAUUUGUUGAUGACCUCUUAUUUUAACAAACUCAACUGUACAUUUUGGAUUUUUUGUUUUCUUUACUGUUUUGUGCGUGUGACUAAAACGUCUUUCUUUGACCUACUUGUCAUUUAUGGCUUGAUUCUUGGUGUCAUAUUGUUUUAACGGCUGCUGUCUCCGAAACUGUUAAUGCAUGGCUGUAUUUUCUACAAUCCUGCCAGUCCUUUCUAACACACUGCACAGGAUCUGACAAUGCAGGAAAGCAGAAUAUCUGCCCUUAGGAGAUUGCAGUCUAAUUUUGGUAUUUUUACUGCAGGCCCAAAAGAAAAGGAACCAAACGUUUCGGGUGCCUAACUGUUAAGGCAAUUUUGUUUGCAACUCACAUUUGUGAAAUGAACAUUCAGAGCAUUGUUGGUUAUGGUGCCGGGAGUUACCUGGUGGCCCUACUAUUGAAAGUAAUCAAAACAUUUUUAGACCUGUUUACUUCUAAACUUAGGUCUGCCUCUACUACUUUAAUCGGAGUGCCGUAAACUGUUACGCAAUAGCCGCUAUUAGCUCUCCUGAGGUAAGCCUUGCAAGCUAGUUUAUUGGCCGAUAACAUCAAUUAAUCGCUUUUAACCAUGAGCUAAGCCCUGCACCAUGGGUUAAACUCAGACUGAGCCAGAAGCUCUCUCUGUCUGACGUAGUGGAGUUGGGGGAGUGGAGUUAAAAUAAUCAGAAAGAGGGGAAAAAAGUUAAAAUCGUUAUUCUAAAAUUUGUUUAUUUAUAAAAUAUUUUACCAGGAUGGGUACAUUGAGAUUUUUCUCCUUUUCAAGUAUUUCCUGGGUCCACAAAACAUUGCAUUGUUACAAUAGGAUACAAUAUUAAAAAAAAAAUACUAUAUAUAUAUAUAUAUAUAUAUAUAUACAUAUACAUUACACACAAAAUAUAGGUAUUAAUAUAUAGGUAUUAAAUAUAUUCAAGGUAUAUUGCCAUAGAUCUUUUAAAAGAUUUUAGACUGAAUGAAGAUUUAUAUUUGUUCCCGAGGUUAUUCCAUAAUUGCGGUGCUCUGUAGGAAAAUGAGUAUCGAGACACUUUAUUUUUGUAUUGCGGCAUGCUAAAUAUCGUGCUAGUACUGGAUCUGAGGUUAUAGGACGUAGGAACAGCUGGGAAGAGCAUUCUACUCAGGUAGGGUGGGAGCUUCCCAGAAAUGCUCUUAUGCACAAGGCUGGAAAGAUGAAGAGUGCGUCGGGGUUCCAGCGACAGCCAGUUUAGGUCUUUUAACAUGUCACAAUGGUGGGUAAAGUAAUUGCAUUCUAGUACAAAACAGUAGAAUGAAUUAUAUAACGUAUAAAGUUUAUUAAGGUGGAUUUGCGAUGCAAGUGAAUAAACGAAAUCCCCAUAAUCAAUGACCUGCUAUUUGAAUUUGUUCUGAUACACAGUUGUUGAUUUUGUAGUUUACAUCAUUUAGGUACAGUUCCAAAGAUCAUCGUAACAGUUUUGUCAGUGUUUAGGAAAAGUUUGUUAAAAGGGUAUUACUCUUCACGUUUGGGUUCACCAGGACCGUCCUGGCACUAUAAUCACUAUACCAUGCUCAGUGGUUAUUGUGCUUCGUGUUCCUUUAUAACAUUUUUAACUUGUUUUUCCUUUAGAAUACAUUAAUAUGAAUGAUUAAGCAAAUGACAUCACAAUCCAAUUCAGUCAAGGCACACCCAGGGCACAUAACAUCUACUCGAAGGAAAGAAGAUAUAUAUACAUAAUAUGAAAAUCCUGUAGAAUAACUGUUCCUCUUUUAGCACACUUAUGUCAUAAACACUUAUUCCUGAAUAUUCACUUAGGAUUAGUAUGGAGUGCUGUACACAGUCCUUUUGUUGAUCAGUUCAGGUUAUAAGUGUGCCAUUUGCAUUGAGGUGUGGUGACUGCAGUGAGAGCUUACUUAUUACGCUCUGUAAAUGCUGAUCUUCAUGUUGGGAGAGCAUAGUGAUGCAUUGGCAGUUUACAGCAGAGAUUCAGACCAAACCUUCGAUUUGUCCAUGACAUUUAAACUAUAUCUUGCUGGUGAAUUUUCUAUCACAAUAUAGAGGGUAUAUUCUAUCGUUUACCUUAAGUGGAACUGGUCUCCCAUGCAUCUUUGAGUGAUUGCUCUAUUUUAAGAAUGAAUGCAGGUUCUUAUUCCGUGUCAGUCGUCUAAAGCUCAAACUCUGUUUUGUUUCCACUUUAAGGUGCUGGCAACGGACAUGUCAAAGCAUAUGAAUUUGUUGGCUGAUCUGAAAACUAUGGUUGAAACAAAGAAAGUAACCAGCUCGGGAGUUCUUCUUCUUGAUAACUAUUCAGACAGGAUACAGGUAAAGAGGCUUUUUUUGUUCUUUGGGAAAAGAGGAUUUUUUUUCAAGUGUAAUGAACAAAGUAAUACAUGUUACUGUGUGAUGAUUGUCUAACUAAAUUGAAGGGAAUAGAGUGGUAAUCAUGAGUUUCCCACAUCCCCAUUUUCUUUCUUUUUCUUCGUCUUGCUGCCUCCUCUCUCUAUUCCUCCUUGUAUCUUUACUUUCCCUUCUCUUCAUAGUCUGUUUUCCCUACUUUGCGUUAACGUGCUUGGGUUGUCUACUUUAAAAAAAAAUAUGUACGUGUGAGGCGUGAUUCAAAGAUUUAUGACCGAUAAGUGUUACAAUGUCACUUUAUGACCGAUAAGUGUUACAAUGUCACAAAAAAGUCUAUAUUUUUUUUUUCUUUUUUUUUUAAAAACAACAAUGUCCUACCUGUACUUAUAGCCCUAUAACUUGCAAAAAAAAAAAGCUAAGAACAUGUUAACAUUGGGUAUAUCUAAACUCAGGACAAAAUAUAGAAACUAUUUAUCAAGGGUUUUUUUGGGGGUCAAAGUUAGAAAAAGUUGUUUUUUGAAAAAAAAAUUCAUAAUAUUUUUUAAGUUUAUCAUAUGAUGAAAAUAAUGGUAUCUUUAGAAAGACCAUUUCAUGGUGAAAAAAAUGGUAUAUAAUGUGUGGGUACAGUAAAUGAGUAAGAGGAAAAUUACAGCUAAACACAAACACUACAGAAAUGUAAAAACAGCCCUGGUCCUUAACGGUAAGAAAAUUGAAAAACUGUCUGGUCACUAAGGGGUUAAUGGUGUAUACCCAAAUUGAUGUAGACCUGUUCAAUUUCGCUGUGUGAAUGAAUGAGAUUAUAUAUAUAUAUAUAUAUAUAUAUAUAUAUAUAUAUAUAUAUAUAUAUAUAUAUAUAUAUAUAUAUAUAUAUAUAUAAUAUAUAUUACACACACAUUCACACAGCUGAAUUGAACAGGUCUAUAUGCACUCUGAUAGAUUGCCAAUGACUACCAUUAAUUUGACAAAUGCAUUUAUAUAUUUAUUUUUUAUGUAAACUCCAGCUAUUCGUAGUUUUGAUUUUUGUUGAUGAACAGGAAAUCCUUGUUUAAGUUACACAAACUAUUAGAAGUUCCGAUGAGUUAUUGACUGAUGUAAAAGUCUCCUGCACAACGUGAAUUUUCUAAACUACACUUCACAGCUAACCAAAGUGUACAUGAAAAAGAAACAUUUUGCCUUCUGUGUAAUAACCCAGCGGGUGACCAUUGUCCAAUAUUUUUAUGUCUAUUUUAGGUUCUUCAGAAUAUGGUGCAUUGUGCAGAUCUUAGCAAUCCAACGAAACCUCUGCAGCUGUACCGGCACUGGACAGACAGAAUAAUGGAGGAAUUCUUCAGACAAGGAGACCGGGAAAGAGAUAGAGGGAUGGAAAUUAGUCCUAUGUGUGAUAAGCACAAUGCAUCUGUUGAAAAAUCACAGGUACAAAUUAGAUCUUUUUUAUUUUUUAUUUUAUUUUAUUUUUUAUUAGUUUUAAUACGUUAUUUGUAAUGACUUGAUUUGAGUCAUAGUUCAUUGUUAGAAAUGGGAUUUAUUCUUUAACCUCCAAAAUUUGAGUUGUGGAAUCUAAUUCUGAAACUAUAUAGUUACAUAGUUACAUAGUUACAUAGCUGAAAAGAGACUUGCGUCCAUCAAGUUCAGCCUUCCUCACAUUUGUUUUUUGCUGUUGAUCCAAAAGAAGGCAAAAAAACCCAGUUUGAAGCACAAUUUUGCAACAAGCUAGGAAAAAAAUUCCUUCUUGACCCCAGAAUGGCAGUCAGAUUUAUCCUUGGAUCAAGCAGUUAUUACCCUACAUUGAAAGAUUAUAUCCUUGAAUAUUCUGUUCUUGCAAGUAUGCAUCUAGUAGCCGUUUGAACAUCUGUAUGGACUCUGAUAAAACCACUUCUUCAGGCAGAGAAUUCCACAUCCUGAUUGUUCUUACAGUAAAAAAACCUUUCCUUUGCCUUAGACGAAAUCUUCUUUCUUCCAGUCUAAACGCAUGGCCUCGUGUCCUAUGUAAAGUCCGGUUUGUGAAUAGAUUUCCACACAAUGGUUUGUAUUGGCCCCGAAUAUAUUUGUAUAAUGUUAUCAUAUCCCCUCUCAGGCGACGUUUUUCUAAACUAAAUAGGUUUAAAUUUGUUAACCUUUCUUCAUAGCCGAUGUGUUCCAUUCCUUUUAUUAAUUUUGUAGCCCGCCUCUGCACUUUUUCUAGUGCCAUAAUAUCCUUCUUUAGAACAGGUGCCCAAAAUUGCACAGCAUAUUCAAUAUGGGGUCUUACCAGUGAUUUAUAAAGAGGCAAAAUUAUAUUCUUGUCCCGAGAAUGAAUGCCCUUUUUCAUGCAUGACAAUACCUUACUGGCCUUGGCCACUGCUGAUUGACAUUGCACAUUGUUGCAUAGUUUGUUGUCUAUAACAAUUCCCAAGUCCUUUUCAUGUGUUGUUAUCCCUAAUUCGCUUCCAUUAAGGGUAUACGUUGCUUGUGUAUUCUUUACGCCGAAGUGCAUAACUUUGCAUUUUUCAACAUUAUAUUUUCAAUAAUUAUUUUAUUUUGCAUUUUAUUAUUAUUUAAUUCUUUAUUUUUUGUAGUGCUUAGAGUAACAUACAUGCUUAUAUCGCCACGACAGCAGAUACAAGCCAUUGGAAUAUUACAAGAUAAUCAGUAACAUGGCAAGCAUUAACAGCAAAAUUUUUGAGAUCAUGUCUAUAACAUAGGAUUCAUCUAGGCUGAUAACUACGAGGGGUAGAUAGACAUUUUGCGUAAUAGCAGUAGCAUGUAAAUAUUAAGCAUAGUUUAAGCCUGCGAGAUCAGUGACGUCCCUAGGGCUGAUUGUGUGUACAGGUGUCGCUAUGGUGUGAAUAUCCGUUGCUCUGUGCCAAAUAUGUGACAAGAUAGAUUUAAGGAAGUUAAAUGACAUAAUAGCAAGGAGCACUAUGUGAGUUGGUUACAGGCAUAUUCAGUGUGAGUGUGACAUGUGAUUAUGUACAAGCGAUUAACUACCACUGGGUUUUUAGGUGAGGCAGAGACAUUACAGAUAACAAUAAUGAUAAUGUAGCGCAGUCAUGUGGCUCAGAACCAGUCCGCAGAGGGCUAAUGGAGCUAUGAGAACUAAAGGCCCAGACUCUGCGCACCCUGGUGAUGCCAGGUUAAGUUAUCCAAUGCCUUUUGGCGGUAUUGAGCCGGGUUCCAGCUGCUCUCCUACCCUGCCAUGGGUCUUUGCUACGGUAAGAUCAGAGUCUCAUUUCGGUGGAGCGGACCUGCUAGCGUUGGGCAUCCGUGUAAGGCGAUGUACUGUGGGUGGUGUUGCCGCCUCCGGGGUAUGCCUGGGUGGGGGUCUGCCUUAUGGUGGCGUCGGCUGAGGAGUUGCGGUGUAUUUUGUUCGGGGUCCUUCGGCCGUGUCCGGCCCUUGAUUGGCCCAGUAUGCCGUUGCUGUCGCUCAGGUAAGUUUAAGUUCUCUGGGCGCUUGCGUGGAUGAGUUGCCGCCAUUGGCGGUGUUAGUUGUUUGGGCUUUCGGGUUCUUCUGUUUUGCCGUCCCCAGCACUGUUUACGGGUUUUGUUUGCAGGAGGAGGUGUGCGCUCGCACUGGGGGUUUACCGGCACCAGCAGGGCGAUUUUGUGUGCUUUGGCUUGUUGCUCCCGUAUCUUCCUUCAAAACCUGGCGAAUAUUUCAUUUAGCCUGGCCUUGAAGUUGGUUUUCUCCAUGUUUGGAGCACAUGUGGCGGCGGCCGUGUUGCCUGGUUGCGUUGCUUCUCGCUGCUCGCUGGAUUCUGCCCCUUGGCCCCGGGUAGAGAGGUUGCCCCUUGGGGCUGGACCGAGAUGACCCCCUCCGAUCCAGGGGGGGUCAGGGCUUCGGUGAGCUUGUACCUCUUGUGUUUGGACGAGGAGAGUGGCCGUCUCUCCCCGAUUCCGCCACCAGUAGGCCGCGGCUGUCCAUCUUGGUCACCGAAACAUUCGGCUCAGAUAUCGGGUUGAUCACCGGGUCACUCCUGAUGUAGGUAGUUUAUCCUUGUUUGCUUGGUUUUUCGGGUUUGGCGAAUAUAUGUUUGAAAUUGGCAAGUAGAGCAAUCUGCUUACGUGCAUCUGCUCAGUUUGCUGGCUUGGCCCCGCCCCCUUAUUUUGUAUUUUAAUGUGAAAAAUGAUUUUUUAGAUGACUACAUAUAAAGCAAUAAACUUUUUAUUUAUUUAUUUUUAAAUUUUGUUGCUGAUUGAAUGGGAAACAGCACAGAUUUGGGAACCAAUAGAGUUAGAUGAAAUGCUUUACAUGCUUAUAGAUUAAUAUUUUGUCCCCUUAAAGUGACAGUCAAGCUGAUCAUGUUUUGCUUGACCAGUCUCUGUAUGUUCUUUAUUGUGUUUUGUUACCUUGCUUGAAAACUUGAUUUUACCGUGGGAAUGCUAUCCCAAUAAGGAACCAAUGGAUUCAGCAUUGCUUACAGAAUGGACAUAUGUUAGGCUGGAGGGCUCCACUGUAGAUUAGGUUGGUGCCACAGUCAAAAUUGGAGAAAUUCCUUGUUUUUCCGAUAAAAUAAUGUCUGUUUAUUAUUCCAUCCAAAAAUAUAAUUUUCACUUGAGUGUUCAGUUAGUGAAACUCAUGGAUGUUCAAUCUUUCUGUUUGUCUUACCUAGGUUAUUUAGUAUUUAAAUAAUAUUUAGUUCUAUACUAUACUAUUCUAUUCCAUCCUAUUUCAAAGCCAUACAUCUGUAAAAAACGAAUAGCCAAAACAAUAAAAUAAUCUAUUUCCAUUUUGAAAAGGCUUUUAUUAUUCUGAAAGCAUUUUGUGUUACUUUAGAUCUAGGAUGUUAUCUUUGAUUUUUUUCAACUUGACUGUGCCACAAACACCUUAAUUUUGCUUAUUUUUCCUUUAUUUGUACUUAGGUGGGAUUCAUAGACUACAUUGUUCAUCCUUUGUGGGAGACCUGGGCAGACCUUGUCCACCCAGAUGCCCAGGAUAUCCUGGAUACAUUGGAAGACAAUCGAGAGUGGUACCAGAGCACAAUUCCUCAAAGUCCAACACCUGCCCCCGAUGAGCAGGAAGAAGGUAGACAAGGCCAAACUGAAAAAUUCCAGUUUGAACUAACCCUGGAAGAAGAUGGAGAAUCUGAUACAGAAAAGGACAAUGUGAGUCCAGUGGAAGAAGACACCCUCUGUAGUGACCCAAAAACUCUUUGUGCACAGGAUUCGGAAGCUGCUGAAAUUCCUCUUGAUGACCAAGUGGAAGGAGAAGAAAGUCAGACUGAAUCUAGCCCACUAGAAGGAGAGCAUUCUCCUGACACGUAA